AUCUGACUUCCUGAGUCAGCAUUCCUGUGUUAAUGAAUCUCUUCUUAAAUAAGACCAUGUUUCACCUGGCAUUUGUUUUCCGGAUGCUCUGGAUGAAGGUAAAAUGAAGGGUAUUCUCAUUUUUGCCUCUGUGUUUCAAUAAUCAAAGCAUUAAAAAGAUGUGAUUUGUACUUUUUUGCAAAAUUAAUGUGAAAUUUAAAUUACAAUACUACUCAUCUAGAAGACCAUGAGAGAUUUUUAAUGCCUAAUGGUAUAUUUUUAAUAGAAAUACCUUUAAGAUUUUAAAAAUCACUUCAUUUUCUUGUAUUCAACAAUAUUUUUCCUGGUUGAACUCAAAUCAUAGUACAAUAAUUUAGAAAUCCAUAAGCUAUUAUCAGAAAGAAAUAACUUAUGACAGAAAUGAAUAGAAAUAAAUACAUUUUUCUGACAUAGUUUAGAAGAUAUAAAACUCUUGCUGUUUUUAUUGUGAUAUCUAUAAUGUGUGUGAGAAGCACCACUGUAAUCUAACAUGAAUUUAUUGACUAUUGAAAUAAUGUAGUUUGAGAAACUAUUGGAGUACAGUUAACAGCAAAUAGAUCAAAUAAGGUAAUUUUAAGUAAAUCUUCACUCUGGAGAGAAUUUCCAAAUUAUUUUUCUUAUUGCUAAUGAUGGAACACAGAAAAAUGUGCAUUUUUUUGCUAUUACUAUCGCAUUAGUAAAUCUCUGCCCGAUAAUGACAUAAACUAAGGACUCAGAAGACAAAGUCUUUAGACAACACUUCCCCAGAUCUAUACAUCUGGUCAGGCUUUUUAGAUGGGGGUGUGGAGGGGAGCUCUGUAAUUUAUAUGUAGGAUUUCAAGGAAACACUCAAUAUUCUUAAUGGUGUUCAAUUAUUGUUUAAUCUGUGCUGUGGCUUUAUAUCAAGUAGAUAUCAAUUUGACUUAUUUUGUUUCAAUGGCCGAAGAUGGAGAGAAAAUAAGAGUGUUGAAGGAAGAGAUGAGGGGAGAACCUAUAGAGAUCUUCCCAUGAUCAGUUCCUCAGACAGUCUGCUGAAUGACUAUUCUGUGGUUUGUACAGACAGUCACUCUGCAUACUGUGGCAGCAGGCAGUGUAUUUGGUAGGGGCCAUGACCUAUGGAGAAAACUUGUUCUGCCUGCUCUAGCUGAAAAGAGAUGAAGCCUUCCCAGGAGCCUGGAUUAUUCCCCCAUUUAUACGACUCUGCUGUUCUGUAAUUCACCUUCUUCAAAGAAAUCCCACACUAGCAUGAUGUUUAAUGGUAUUCUCCAUUUAAAAUAAUUGCCUUAAAAUAUAAGUCAAGUGUCAGGAGUAUUGACAGAAUGAAAUGAUUCAGCAAAUUAGAAUUUGUUUAAAAUAAGAACCUAGACAAAGAGAGUUGAGUUCAGAAAGAAAUUGAGCAUACAUGUGUUCUCUAUAAGUUCCAAAAAUGCCCAUGUACGUCUUCAGGGACAAAAUGGGAAUUACGAUCUCCUGAUUUUGAACAAGAGCAUUAAACCUUUGUUAGGGCACAUCCUAGAACCCUAUAGCCCAAGAGAGUGGAGAUCCAAAGGACUAAGAGGUCUUACACUGCAGGUGUUUAAUAAUUAUCCAUUUAUCAAUGAAGCAGUUAGUACUUUCUUCACUUUUUUCCUUGUAUACCAAGACUUCAGAACACAUGAAAAUUUAAUCAUCUCCUUCCAAGCAACACUGUAAAAAUAAACCCAUAAUAUGCUAAAUUCUAUAGUUAUCUGUUACGGGUUUUCUUUUCAAAUUGUGAAAUUUGAGAAAGGUGUAAUUAUAACACUUAAUUCUUUAGUUGUUGCAAGUAGCUCCCAUUUAUACGUGUUGUGAGGAGUAUGGUGGGAGAAGGGAGUGCUCGUGAUUGAAAUGUACAGGUUCAUGAAAAUCAGAAAAGACUCUGUUGAAACCGCUUGUAGGGUCCACUACAUUAUUUACAACGUAAUAGUGCUUAAAUGAAAUAUCAUCAACUUAUGUUGUUUUCCUUGAGUUAUCAUUUAAAUACAUAUCUUGUUUGGAAACCAAAAGGAAACAGAUUUUCAAUUCAUUGUAUCUGGUAACUUUAUUUGAAGGUGCAUUUGAACAUUAAAUGUGAUGUAGACCAUUGUGUUUGUGGCUUCGAGAAGUUUUGAUGUGUAGUUUUCUUAUUUUAUAAUGUGUAGUAUGAAAUUAUUAUUCUCUUAUCAGAUUUCAAAUAGAAGUGAAAACUCAUCCUAUCCAUCAACUAAGUUGAUUUAUUGCAAAAAAAGAUGAAAGAUAUAUCAUUUAAUCUAUAGUAAGUUUUAGGAUCAAAGUACAUAACAGACCAAAGACCACAUGCACUAUGGCUAUUCAUAUAUUCAUUUAAUCUGCCAGGAUGAGAAGAUAAUGUUUUGUAGUAAUACACUAGAAAAAACAUAUUGGUCUGCUCAAAUUUUGCGAAAAUGAAAAUUUUAGAUGUGAACAAUUAUAACCUACCCCCAUUGCAGUUGUGUUUUGUCACACAUUCUCAAAUGUCUGCUUGGAGAUUCCUAUUCAUGCCUUCUUUGAGGAGAAACAUUGGUUAAUGGUGGUCAUGUUUUAUAUGAAUAAAACAAUAAACUUAUAGAGAAAGCAGAAAAGGGUCUUAAUUUAUACACUUGACAGAAAGCCUGUGAGACUAACGAUGUAGACACAUAGCUGUUAUGUUCAUUCAACUUUAUAAAUUUAGCUAGUAAUACCUGGGCAAAAAUAUGUAAUUAUAUCCAAUGUUUUAUGUGUGUUUUAAAAGUAUCUGGAAGCUACUUCUGUGAAGCUGUCAUGUUUUAAGGACUUGUAUAGUUGUUUCUAUGAUACAUAUGUAAUUUAUUAUUAAAUGUUGCCAUGUGAAACAGCCAGGUAAUAAUACAUCCAAUUCAAUCUUUGGGGAAUAAAACUGUUCUCUUUUGUAACAGGAAAAAAGGAGAUAAAACCUGCCAUACUGAAGGUUAAAAACAGAAAUGAAUGGUAGACAGAAAAAGGAAAUACUGGAACAAUUGCAAUUUUCUUUUUCGUUAAUGAAUGCUUUAUUCAUUUAAAGAGAUUACAUUUGUACAUAAAAAUGGUCAAUAAAAUCAAUGCUUAUAUCAAAUUUGUUUUCCAUAACCUUAUGGCAUACAUUUCUCCUUAUCUUUUUGCAUACAUUACAGACAUUCUACUUAGAUUAAUGUUUCUUCAAGAACUAAUACUUACCUUUAAGUAAGACAUGACUAUACAUGCCUAUAAUCACAGCUACGAGAGAGACAUACAGCAAAAGACAGUAUCAAGUCUUGCCUAGGUUUAUAAUGAGCUCAAGACUAUCGUGGACAAAUUGUCUAAAUAUAGAAACCAUAAAAUGAGACAGGAAUGUAGCCCUAGUUCUAUACUCCAUUUUUUUGAUUGGGUUGUUUAAUUUUUUUGGCACUUUUUUGAGGUUAGUGAAGUCUUUCCCUAUCUCUAAGUUGGCGAUUUGUACUAUUAACUACAUCCUUUGCCUUACAGAAGCUUUUCAGUUUCAUGAGGUCCCAUUUAUCAAUUCUUUAUCUUAGAGCCUGAGCCACUGGAGUUCUCUUUAAACAGGACGUCCCUCCCCUCCUUACCCCCAUGCUGACCAGUUAGAAGCUCUUUUCCACUUUUUCUUCUAUUAGAUUCAGUGUAUCUAUUUUUAUGUCAAGGUCCUUGAUCCACUUAGACUUGAGCUUUGUGCAAGGCGACCAAUAUGGAUCUAUUUUCAUUUUUCUACAUACAGGCUGCUAGUUAGACCAGCACCAUUUAUGGAAGAUGCUUUCUUUUGUCCAUUGUAUAUUUUGGCUUCUCAAAGAUCAGAUGUACAUAAAGUGUGUGGUUUUAUUUUUGUAUCUUCAGUUCUAUUCCAUUGAUCCACCUGUCUGUCUCUGUACCAGUAUCAUGCAGUUUUUGUCACAGUAGCUGUAUAGCAUAGCUUGAGGUCAGGGAUGGUGAUUCCCCAUAAAUUCUUCUCUUGUUAAGGAUUAUUUUCACUAUCCUGGUUUUUUUUUUCCAUAUGAAAUUGAGAUUUUUUCCUUUCAUGUCUUUGAAGAAUUGUGUUGGAGUUUUUAUGUGGAUUGCAUUGAAUCUGUAGAUUGCUUUUGGUAGGACGGCCAUUUUUACUAUCCCGAUCCAUGAGCAUGGAAGAAAACUCCAUCUUCUGAAGUCUUUGAUUUCUUUCUCAGGAGUCGUGAAAUUCUUGUCAUACAUGUCUUUCACUUCUUUGGUUAGAGUUACCCCAAGGUGUUUUAUUAUUUUUAAGUAUUGUAAAGUGUAUCGUUUCCCUAUUUUCUUUCUCAGCCCAUUUAUCAUUUGUAUAAAGGAUAGCUAUAUAUCUGACUCCUUUGCUGAAGUCCUUAACUUCUUAUCAGCAGUAGAAGUUCUCUGGUAGAACUUUUGGAUUCGCUUUUUUAUACUAGCACAUCAUUGGCAAAUAGUGAUACCUUGACUUCUUUGCCAAUUUGUAUCAUUUUGAUUUCCCUUUGUUGUCUUAUUGCUCUAGCAAGAAUUUCAAGUACUAUAUUGAAUAGAUAGGGGGAUAAUGGCAUCCUUGUCUUUUCCCUGAUUUUAGUAGGAUUGCUUUAAGUAUCUCUCCAUUCAAUUUGCUAUUGGCUGUUUGUUUGCUUUGAUUAUGUUUUGGUAUGGGCCUUGAAUUUCUGAUCUCUCUAACACCUUUAACAUGAAGGGAAGUUUUAUUUUAUCAAAUGCUUUUUCAGCAUCGAAGCAGAUGAUCCUGAGAUUUUUUUUUCUUUGAGUUUGUUUUUAUAGCCGAUUGUAUUAAUGGAUUUUAGUAUUUUAAACAAACCUUGCAUUCCUGGGAUAAAGCCUACUUGACCGUGAUAAUGAUGAUUUUGAUGUAUUCUUGGAUUAGGAGUGCUAGAAUUUUAUUGAAUAUUUUCUAUCGAUAUUCAUAAGUGAAAUUGAUCUGAAGUUCUCUUUUUUUGUUGGGCCCUUGUGUGGUUUAGGUAUCAGAGUAACUGUGACUUCAUAGAAUAAAUUGUGUAAUGUUCCUUCUGUUUCAAUUUUAUGGAAUAGUUUGAGGAGUGUUGGUAUUAGCUCUUCUUUGAAGGUCUGGUAGAAGUCUACACUAAAGUCAUCUGGCCCUGGGCAUUUUUGUUUUGUUUUGUUUUGUUUUUGUUUGUUUGUUUGUUUUGGAUUUUUUGUUUUGUUGUGUUUUUUGUUUUUUGUUUUUGGGUUGGGGUUGGGGGUUAAUGACUUCUUCUAUUUCCUCAGGGGAUAUUGGAUAUUUAGAUAGUUUAACUACUCUUGAUUUAAUUCUUGUUAUCUGUCUAGAAAAUCAUCCAUUUCAUCUAGAUUUUUCAGUUUUGUUGAGUAUAGGCUUUUGUACUAGGUUGUGAUGAGUUUUUGAAUUUCCUCAGUUUCUGUUAUGUCUUCCUUUUCCUUUGUGACUUUACUGAUUUGGAUACUAUCUCUGGGCCUUUUAGUUAGUUUGGCCAGAGGAUUAUCUAUUUUGUUAAUUUUUUUCAACACAACAGUUUUUGUUUUUGUUAAGUCUUUAUAAUGUUUCCUUUAUUUUUAUUUGGUUAAUUUCAUCCCUGAGUUUGACUGUUUCCUGCCUUCCAUUCCUCUGGGCGGUGUUUGUUUCUUUUUGUUCUAGAACUCUCAGGUGUGCUACUGAAUAGAUAGGGGCAUAGUGGCAUCCUUGUCUUGCUAGUAUAGGAUCUCUCCACUUUUCAGAAGGGUACUUUAUGCUAUGAAUUUUCCUCUUAGCACUGCUUUUAUUGUUUCCCAUAAGUUUGCAUAUGUUGUGUCUUCAUUAUCAUUGAAUUCAAGGAAGUCUUUAAUUUCUUUUUUUAUUUCUUCCCUGGCAAAGUUAUCAUUGAGUAGAGAGUUGUUCAGUUUCCAUGGGUAUGUGGGUUUUUCUCUUGUUUUUAUUGUUACUGAAGACAAGUUUUGUACAUGGUAAUUGUAUCUGUUGAAGACUAUUUUGUGACUGAUUAUAUGGUCAAUUUUGGAGAAGGUAACAUGAGGUUCUGAGAAGAAGGUAUAUUCUUUUGUUUUAGGGUAAAAUGUUGUGCAGAGGUCUCUUAAAUCCAUCUCAUUCAUGACCUCUAUUAGUUUCAGUGUGUCUCUGUUUAGUUUCUCUUUCAAUGACAUGUCCAUUAGUGAGAGUGGGGUGUUGAAGUCUCUGACUAUUAUUGUUUAAGCUACAAUGUGUGUUUUGAGCUUUAGUAAAGUUUCUUUUAUAAAAUUGCCCUUGUAUUUGGGGAAUAGAUAUUCAGAAUUGAGACUUUCUCUUGGUGAUUUUUUUUCUUUGAUGAAUAUGAAGUGCCUUUCCCUAUCUCGCUUGAUAACUUCAGUUGACACUCUAUUUUAUUUAAUAUUAGGAUUGCAACUUCAGCUGGUUUCUUGGGACCAUUUGCUUGGAAGACUUUUUGCCAGCUUUUUAUUCUGAGGUAGUGUCUGUCUUUGUUAUUGAAAUAUGUUUCCUGUACUCAGCAAAAUGCUGGCUCUUCUUUGCUUAUCUAGCCUGUUAGUUUAUAUCUUUCUAUUGUGGAAUUGACUCCAAUAAAAUUGAUAUGAGAGAUAUUAAAGAAAAAUGAUUGUUAGUUCCUGUUAUGUUUGUUGUUGUGCAUAUGAUUCUCUCCUUUUUUCUUUGUUGUAAGAUGAUUAUUAUCUUUUGUGUGUAUGUGUGUGUGUGUGUGUGUGUGUGUGUGUGUGUGUAGGUACCCUCUCUGUACUGGAAUUUUCAUUCCAAAAUCCUCUGUGGGGCUGGGUUGGUAUAUAUAUAUAUAUAUAUAUAUAUAUAUAUAUAUAUAUAUAUAUAUAUAUAUAUUGUUUAAAUUUGGUUUUGUCCUUGAAUAUCUUCAUUUCUCUGUCUAUGAUGAUUGAUAUUUUUGCCAGUUAUAGUAGCCUGUGCUGGCAUUUGUGUUCCCUUAGGGUCUACAUGAUCUCUGUUCAGGUGUUUUUGGCUUUUAGGGUCUCUGUUGAGAAGUCUGGUGUAAUUCUGAUAGGUCUGCCUUUUUCCCUUAUAACUUUUAAUAUUCUGUUUUUGUUCUGUGCAUUUGGUGUUUUGGGGAAGUUUUCUUCUAUGUUUUUGUUGAAGGCAUUUUUGGUUCCUUUCAGCUCUCUUCUAUCCCUAUUAUUCUUAGAGUUUGGUUUUUUAAUUGUGUCCUGGAUUUCCUAGAUGUUUUAGGUUAGAAGUUUUUUAUGUUUUGAAUUUUCUUUGACCAUUGUGUCAACAUCUUCUAAGGUAUCUUAUACACCAGAGAUUCUUUCCUCUAUCUCUUGUAUUUUUGUUGAUGAUGUUACAUUUGUAGUUCCUGACCUCUUUCAUAGGUUUUCUAUUUCCAUGGUUGCCUCCAUUCAUGAUUUCUUUAAUAAUUCUAUUUCGACUUUUAGGUCUUGGACUGCUUUGCUCAAUUCCUUCACCUGUUCGAUUGUGUUUUCCUGUUUUUUUUUUUAUUUGUUUGUUUAAGGAAUUUAUUUGUUUUCUUUUUAAUGGAUUCUGUUUACCUGUGCUUUCCUGUAUUUCUUUCAGUGGGUUAUUUAUAUCUUCCUAACAGAUGCUAUUAUCUUCUUGAGAUAGGAUUUUGGGUCAGCUUCCUGAUUUUCAGAUGUGUUGGUAUAUCUAUGGCUUGCUGUGGGAGAACUGGGUUCUGAUGAUGCCAAAGUUGGCUUCUGUAGCUUAUGGUCUUGUUUUUGUCCCUCAACAUCUGAAUAUCUCCAGUGUUUACUGUGUGGAGCUUGUCUCCUGUGUCCCUGAGUUGUUUCAGGUUCUCCUUGCAAACCUGUGUCCCCAUCUGUAGCAGACUUCCUAGGAAGCCUUCAGACUACGGAGUCUUCAGGAGAGCAUAGAAGCUGCUGAUCUCUUACCCUGCAUGAAGCAGAUCUCCUGGAUGACCUUCAAACUUUGGGGUCUUCAGAGGAGCAGACAAGCUGAUGAUCUGUGGCCUUAUGUGUAGUAGAUCUCUUGGGAGACCUUCAGACUAUUGGGUCUUCAGAAGAGCUGUCAAGCUAUUGCCCUGUGUGUAGCUGUUCUCCUUGAGGCCUUCAGCCUGUGGGUUGUGUUGCCCUACAUGCAGCAAAACUCCUGGGAAGCCUUCAGAUUGUUGGGUCUUCAGAGGAGCAAACAAAAUGGUGAUCUGCCCUUGUGGAAGGCACAUGCCAAAAGGGGAGCAGAAUUUGGGGCAAGGGAUGAUGGGUCCUGAAUACACUGAGUCCUUGGAGUUCCCAGCUGCUGCAUUUGUUUGGGAGAUCCCUUGUCUUUUGUGCUGCAUGCAGCAAAACAGGAAGGCCUUCAGACUGUGGGGUCUUCAGGGGAGCAUCAAGCUUGUGAUCUCCUUUGCAAAGUCUUGUGGCCUUAAGAACAUUUUCUUGAAAAUUGCUCCAAUGUGUCCCAUGUGUCCAAUAUUGCUGUAAUAUUCUUCUUAAGAGGAAUAAAGACAGCAAGAGCUGCCAGAAAGGAAAGGUAGAAUGGUCUCUAGGUGUAGCCUUCACUCUCCUGAGUCUCCAUUCUGUGUAAUAUAGCUCAAUAUAAUGCCUCAGAACACUGAAGCAGUUGCUUCUGCAGGCUGCUGUGUUCAUUCAAAACCAUGACCUAUAUAAGCAUCCAAAUGCAUGCCUGUAGUCUGCAUAUUUGGAAGUAGAGGCAAUAGAUUAUGGAUUCAUGGCCAGCUUCAGUUGCAAAGGAAACUGAAGGUCGUGCUGUACUUCUUGAGACCCUUUCUCAAAACAGUAAAAUUGAACAAAGAAAUAACAGUUCUAAUCUCAAUACUCCUCCUCCUAGCUCUUCUGUCUCUCUGGAAAUGGCCUUGGAUUGUUUGACCUGUUCUUUCAAAUCUGCCAUUAUUAAACCUUUACUUUCUCUUAUAGAUCAAACACUUUGACUUCAAACCUACUACUUAUUGUUUAGACUUUGAGAAGUUUUUUUUUUUCUUUCAAACCUCUACUAUUUCUUUUGGUGUCCUUCCUGAGACAACCAUCAAUUGUCUAUUAAGUGAUGAAAGUGUCAUUCACUCACAAAGAAACAUUUGUAAACAUAGUAUGAAAAAAAUUACAGUCAUUACAUUUCUGAGAUCACCUAUUUCAAAAUGAAAAGAAAACCUUCCCAAUAAUUUUGGCUUGCAAACCCUAUUUGCCCCCAAAUCUGCUUUAUAAAGAUUAUACAGAAUGAUAGGUUUGCUCAUAGGAACAAAUUAAAACCUAAGUUUUUAUAAGUUUACUGUUUGCAGAGAUAGGAGAUAAUAUGUGGCUACAUUUGUAAGGAUAUAUUUGCACUGAAAAUUCCCUGCUUUGCGGUUUGGGGAGAUAGUUCAGUAGAUAAGAGCAAUUGUUCUGCAUACAUGGGAUAUGAGUUUGAUCUACAGACCAACACUACAGGUACAAAGAGAGCCAAUUCCAUUCAUGCUGGGUUCUGAGGCUUGCAAUGAAUGUGCUCUUGUUCAUAGGCACGCAUGGAAUCUAUUUCUCCUUCAUUUAGUAUGCAUUCUAGAGUUUGAAAUUAGGUUCCCUGGCAUGUGAAGAAUGUGCCUUUACCUGAUGAGACAGCUUGUUGGGCCCUUAGAGCUCACUUGGAAAACCUGGUACAUAGCUAUAUGUAUGUACCUGAACUCCUUCAUUGUUGUGUAUGUGCGAGGGGGAAUUCUAUACUUAAAUUGAAAAACAUUUGAGAUAAACAGAAAGCUAUUGUAUUCUUUUCAAAUUCAAAAACACCAAGAUUCCUAGACUCUGUGAUAAUAAUCUUUUCCAGUGUUUCCUGUGUGGACCUUGAGAUCAUUAAAUAGCUCCCAGAUUUAUCCUACAAUCAUAUCCAGCAACAUGACCCACUCAUUUUCCUAGUGUGCACUCAGUCUGCAACAACCUUAGGAAGAUGACUUUGCUCAUUAUAAACUGUCAUCCAAAUGUGAGGUUGAAAUUAAAUCACAUGAAAAACUAAUUGUGAUUGGCAGAUGUGAAAUUAACUUUGGAGGGCAGAAUGCCACUGUCUUUGUACAAAUCCAACAGAGACAAUUGAUGAUUUGAUGAACUAGGAAGAAUUAAACAAAAGCACAACUCAAGAAAUAAUAAAGAACAGAAUAACCAGUUCCCCAUUGUGGCCAUCCAGAUUGUUUGGCAAAGAACAUUCGAAUAAGUAACUCUUUUGCAUUCUUUCCAUAUGGAGAUGAAAUUUUACUCUGCUUUGUCCUGUACUUAAAAUUUACAUAGAAAAUGCAGUGGAAAUUUUGUAUUCGUAGCUGUGUACAGUAUAAGUAACCAGGGAGCAAUGUUUACUGAAUGCUGGUAUUAGUACCAAAGUAAUACAAAGAAAAUAAACAUAUUUAACUCUUUGAUGGUUGAACAUUGCCUUAAAUUAUGAAAGAUUUAAGCUCUUUUAUGUUUCAGCGAAAUGCUUGUAGUGUAACAUCCCCCAAGGUUUAUGUUUUAAUAAUGAAAAAAUAAAUGUAUGUGCAGCCCAUUGCAAUUAGAAGUAAAGCUUUAAAGAGUAAAAUAAGGGGGGCAACUUAGCAAUUAACAGUCAUUUAUGGGAUAUAAUGAGUUUGAGUUUUUCUUUCUCUUUUUUUCAUUAGUACAUAUAACCUGCUACAGGAAUGAGGCUGACGACAAUUGCAGGACUCCAGGGUUUUCACACUUACAGGUGUACUAUGUAACAGUUAAGUAAUCUGGGGUAUUUGACGAAUUGUCAUCUCUUCCUUGUAUAAAAACUAGUCAAUCUGUAACAAUGUGGCUUCAUUCAUACCAUGGGGACAUUUUUUCUUCUGAGUGCUGAAGGGUAAUCUCUAGCUACAGGUCUUCAAACUUUUUAUUUUAAUCACUGGUGAAAGUGAAAGCCGUACACUCAAUUAGUCCUGAGAAAAGUGCCAAUAUCACACACUCUGGUGUGCUCUGACAUUCCCGCCGACCAUAUCUGCAGCCAUCCAGGCCCUCUAAGGAAGUGUGAGCUUCCUAGGGGAGCACCGGCGAAGCCAGGUUUAUCAGGAGUCUGCAGAAUGAAUGUACUUGAGUUUCUGCCUUCUGAUUUUAUGAAUACAAUUAAUACACUAAGCAGUUUUCACACUCAAAGCCUCCACCCAUUAUUUAGUUUUUAAUGCAUUUAUACAGUAUGUUAACUUUGGCGUCAUAGUGCGUUCUAUAAUGAAUUCAAUUCUUCUUGUCUUUUUUUUUUUGCUUCCUGGUUUCUUUAUUCUCAGUGAUGAAAGAGGGGAGAAAAGAUAGCUGGGUUCAAUAUUGCCAAGUAACAAAUAAUGAGUGCUGCUGGACAACAUUUUUCUCUUUAAGUUGUCUCUCAAGACAUGCAAAGCUAGAAGCAUUGAUUUGUAAACAAAGGAAGGAGGAUAUUAAUAAAUAGAAAUAAAGAUGUGUGUUGUAUAAGAAAACUAUUAAUUCUUUAUGAAAUCGUGAGAAUGGAGUGGGAACCUGCAAUCUUCUAGUCCCAGAUGGAUAAACUCUCUAAGUCUGCAACUAACACUAUGUUUACUAAGAAUAGAAAGAAUAGUUGCAUUUCAAUUUUCUUUUAAAUAAAUUUAAAAAUCCUACCAAUGUAAUGUAGAUACAUUUUAUAAGAGCUAUAACAUUUCCCAGCUUUAGACCUCUUCAUGGUAAGUCCUUCACUUUCUGAAUGAAUAUUGCAGAAGUUCAAGUUUUUCUAGAGUCACAGAGUCACAAGUGACAUGAUCUAUCUGUUUGUCUGCCUAUCUAUCUAUCUAUCUAUCUAUCUAUCUAUCUAUCUAUCUAUCUAUCUAUCUAUCAUCUAUCUGUCUGUCUGUCUGUCUAUUUAACAUCUAUCUGAAGUGCAAAGGAAACAAAUUUAGGAUUAUUUUCUGUAAAAAUCUAGGAAGUACUAAGUAUGAAGAAGAUACAUGAAGACUGAACAAGAAGAAAAAUGAAAAACAAUUACACAUUUAGAAAAAAUAAUGAACUUCUGUCGUUUGCAUAAUCAAUGUAUUGGUCCCAUAUAAAGGGUCUCUUCACACAGAGUACAGUUGAUUACUCAAGGUAUUGACAGUGGAGAAAAUUGAGUUUGUUUCCACACUAUUGAGGAUAUUUAAUGUCAUUUUAAUCAUUGUGUAACCAUUAUUAGGAGAGUUUCAGGCUACAUUUCCCAGGAUGCAUUAAAGAGAGAAACAAAACAAAACAAUGUGCCCCAAAAACCAGUAUUAGAUAAUGUACCAAUAUUUUGAGCCUAAUGUACAAUUGCUCAUAUAUGACAUUUGUAUGUUUGAUCAACAUUUCUUUUUUUCUGAAACUGUCCACAAGCUUAAAAGAUCUGCCCUUUCCAGAGGAAAUGCCAGUCUUUGCAAUUCCUUAGAGUCCCUAUCCCCAGGAUUACUUAAAUCAUUGUUGGUUGUCCUAAUUGAUUAAUUGCUUCAAAAGGAAGGAAUCUUAGUAUACUUGAUGCUGAGCAGCUGUCUUUAGGAAAACAUACAUUUGGAAAAUGUAAGCAGAAUUCUUCAAUUGAGUAGAUAAAAAUUUCAUAUUUGGUGAAAUAAUAUAAAAUAUAGUUUAUAGUCAGAUAAUUUUUCCCCUAACCUUCUCAAGCUAUUUUUAAUAUACAUGUAAAAAUGGCAUACAUCUAAAGUACUGGCAAAUAUAUUUUUCAUUAUGUUUCUAAUUCUUAUUCAGAUUUACAAGAAGCUAAGAAUAAACUUUUUGAAUACAUUCCUUUAAACAUCUGUAUGACAGAUUUUUGCAAAAAAAAAAAAUGUUCAACAGACACAGGUCCUCACAGCUGGAUUAUCCUAAUACAAAAACACAAAAUCUCCCGAUUUCUCUUAGGAUUCUAAAAAUAUAAUUUGGAUUUCCCUUUAUUUGGGAAAGGGAAUAAAUGCUAGAAUAGAACCUGGGACAUUGUGUCUGCUAGGCAGCCAACGUACCACUGAUUUACUUCUUAUCCCUAGUGUGAUUCCAUGUUUAAUAAAACACUGGACAAGAUAAGGAUGCUUUGAAAAAAUUUAUUUUUAGAAACUGUCUCCAUGGUGUGUGUGUGUGUGUGUGUGUGUGUGUGUGUGUGUGUGUAUAAUAUAUACAUAUAUGUAUAUAUUAUAUGGCAAGGGUUAGACUGAGAAAAUCAGCUUAAUAAUAUCCUUAAGUUGAAGAUCCAGUUGAAUUUAACUGAGUAGGUCAAAAGGUAAUUAAAAGUACUUAAGUCAAUAUUAAUUAAAUGUCUGUCUGGUUGUAGUGUUAAUAUUCUAUGAGAUUAAUUUCAAACAGAUUCAUUACUGUAUUGAACACAGUACAUAGUAAGAAAUUGACCAAAAUUGACUUCUGGCAUUAUAGUCUAAACAUCUAGAAUUAGAUACUUAAAUGUUUUGUAAUAGAAAAGUCAAGGAUAAACUGAAGAAACAGAAUGAGUUUGUGUGUGGAACUAGUUGUCUUAUGUUGUGGGUUUGAGUGAUCCAUUAGAUAUGCAGAGAUAUAUAGUCAAGUAAAAUUUUGUCUACACCCUGUAGAAUUCGUAUAAAUUUUAACAAUAGACAUGAUUUGAGUUUGUACAUCAGUGCAGUGUGAACAUUCAUGAAAGGACAAGAUCCCUUAGAGAAUCCAGUAAAGACAGGACUGAGGUGAGAACUAUGUCUCAAUGCUCGAUGGUCCUUACAUGUGGAGUGAAGAGGAACCAUCAAAAGGUGGAAGAUCAUACUGUUCUUUCAGAUAGGAAGGAAUGAUCAAAAUGAUUUCCGGAAGUUUGUUGUAAAUGCUUAAGAAGAAGGGACGAUAUGUUAUAAGAAAAAAUAAAAUUAAAAUGGGAUAAUAAACACAGAAAUGUGGAAAUCAUUGCCCACUCUGGUACAAAUGGUUUUACUGAAGGAAACUUUUUGUUAUAUGUGCGAGAGUAAGCUAAUACACAUUGGAUAAAGCAAACUUUUUCUAUGGGAGUUUCUGUAAGUAGCUGACAAAAAGAAUGUAGCCAUUUUAUAAUCUAUAGUUACACUCAGCCUUUAGUCUACAGGUUCAGAAAAACAGAGACGAAAAUUAUUUUCAUGUGUAUCUUUUCUGAACAUGCAUGGAGUAUUUUUGACAUUAUAUUGAUAAGCAUCUUAACAUUAGUAUCUAAACUAUAGUGUACCAGCCACUUACUGACAUUUGUAUCAUAUCCAGUAUGAUGAAUCACUUAACACUAAUUUGAAAGUGCAAUUUCUUUUUAACUAAAAUAUUUGAGCAUCAUGAAUUUGGAUAUCCACAGGGUAGCUGAAUCAAAUCCAUCUCAAGUAAUAAAAGGAUUACUCAAUGUAUUUGUUUGAAUGCUGACAUGUGUGAUUUAUUGUUGAAUUGGUACACAUGUGUUUUGCUGAGGGUAACAGCUGAUCCUUGCUCUGAUCAUGUUUAGGCAGUCAUAUUGGUUGAUCAUAAGACUUCAGUUGAGUAGCUCACAGAAAACUCUCUGAUGCUCUGGCACUUACAUUUGUUCACUCCAUCCUCUGCAGUGUUACCGGAGCUUAAGGUGUGGGGGUGUUUUUGCUAAUGUAAUUGAGACUAGGCCCCACAACUCAGUAUUUUGAUUGGUUCUGGUUCUCUUUAAUGGCAUAUAUAUAUAUAUAUAUAUAUAUAUAUAUAUAUAUAUAGAGAGAGAGAGAGAGAGAGAGAGAGAGAGAGAGAAAGAGAGAGAGAGACCAUGAGUUUAAAUACAAACUAAAACUUAAACUACGAAAAUCAAAACAUUCCAAAUUUCAGAAAUUCUGAUAUAGUGAUACAAUUUUACACCAUGAACCUUAUUUCAGCUGCAAAGCUUUAAAAAUGAUACCUUCUUCAAAAUUGACUAUAUAUUCAGUCACAAGAUACAAGAAGAUAGAAAUAAUCCCAUUCAUCCUAUAAGAUUAGCAUGGACUAAGGCUGUACUUCAAUAAUAAUAAAAACUACAGAAAGUCCACAUAUACAUGGAAGCUGGACAACUCUCUACUCGAUAGUUUCAUCGGGGAAGAAAUAAAGAAAUUAAAGACAUUUUAGAAUUUAAUGCAAAUGAAGGCACAAACAUAUCCAAACUUAUGGGAUUCAGUGAAAGCAGUGCUAAGAAGAAAACUCAUAGCUCUGAGUGCCUCCAAAAAGAAACUGUAGAGAGCAUACAUUAGCAACUUAACAGCACACCUAAAAGGUCUAGAACAAAAAGAAGCAAAUACACUAGAGAGGAAUAGACAGCAGAAAAUAAUCAAACACAGGGCUGAAAUCAACCAAGUAGAAACAAAAAGAAUUAUACCAAGAAUCAUCAAAACCAAAAAAUCAACAAGAUAGAUAAACCUUUAGGCAGAGUAACCAGAGGGUACAGAGACAGUAUCCAAAAUAACAAAAUCAGAAAUGAAAAGGGAGCAAUAACAACAGAAACUGAGGAAAUAAAAAAAACACAUCAGAUUCUACUACAAAGGCCUAAACUCAACAAAACUGGAAAGUCUGGAUGAAAUGGAUAAUUUUCUAGACAGAUAUUAGGUACCAAUAUUAAAUCAGGAUCAGAUAAAUGAUGGGAACAGUCCCAUAACCCCUAAAAAUAUAGAAGCAGUCAUUAAAAGUCUUGCAACAACAACAACAACGACAACAACAACAACAACAAAAUAACUCAGGACCACAUGGGUUUAGUACAGAAUUCUACCAAACCUAAAAAGAAGACUUAAUGUCAAUACUUUUCAAACUAUUCCACAACAUAGAAACAGAAAAAGCACUUUACCUAAUUCAUUCUAUGAAACCAAAGUUAUGCUGAUACCUAAACCACACAGAGACUCAAUAAAGAGAAUUUCAGACCAAAUUCCCUUAUGAAAAUCAAUGCAAAAAUGAUCAAUAAAAUUCUCGCAAACUGAAUCCAAGAAAACAUCUAACUGACUAUUCACCACGAUCAAGUCGGCUUCAUCCUAGAGAUGCAGGGACUGUUCAAUAUACAUAAAUCCAUCAAUGUCAUCCACUACAUAAACAAGAUCAAAGGAAAAAAUCCCACAUGAUAAUCUCAUUAGAUACUGAGAAACUAUUAGACAAAAUACUUCAACACCCCUUCAUGUUAAAAGUCAUAAAAGAUCAGGAUUUCAUGGCCCAGACCUAAAUAUUGUAAAAGCAAUAUACAGCAAAAAGUGGCCAACAUCAAACUAAAUGGAAACUUGAAGCAAUCCCUAUGGGGGCUAAUAUAGUAAAAAAAAUACCCACUAAAGUCAAGGACAAGACAAGGCUAGGGAUUCUCUCCCUAACUAUUCAACAUAGUACUUGACGGUCUAGCCAGAAUAAUUAAACAGUAAAAGGAGGUCAAACUGAUGCAAAGUGGAAAGGAAGAAAUCAAAAUAUCACUUUGCAGAUGAUAUGAUAGCAUACUUAAGUGAUGUCAAAAAUUACACCAGAGAACUCCUAAACCUGAUAAACAACUUCAGCAUAAAACCUGAUACACUGAAUCUAAUAAAAGAGAAAGUAGGGAAGAGCCUCAAACACAUGGGCACAGGGGAAAUUUUCCUGAACAAAAUACCAAUAGCUUAUGCUCUAAAAUAAAAAAAAUUGCAAAUGGGACCCCAUAAAAUUGAAAAGCUUCUGUAAGGCAAAGGACAUUGUCAAUAGGACAAAAAGGGAGCCAAUAGAUUGGGGAAAGAUCUUUACAUCCAAUAGAGGGCUAAUAUACAAUAUAUGCACGUAACUCAAGAGUUAGACUCUAGAGAACCAAAUAACCCUAUUAAAAAUGGGACAUAGAGCUAAACAAAGAAUUCUCAACUGAGGAAUCUCUAGUGGUCACUAAGCACCUAAAGAACUGUUCUACAUCCUUAGUCAUCAGGGAAAUGCAAAUCAAAACAGCCCUGAGACUCCACCUCACACCAGUCAGAAUGGUUAAGAUUAAAAACUCAGGUGACAGCAGAUGCUGACAAGGAUGUGGGAAAGAAGGAACACUCCUCCAUUGCUGGUGGUGUUGCAAGCUGAUACAACCACUCUGGAAAUCAAUCUGGAGGUUCUUCUGAACACUGGACAUAGUACUCCCUAGGACCCAGCUAUACCACUCCUGGGCAUAUAUCCAAAAGAUGCUCCAACACGUGCUCCACUAUGUGUAUAGCAGCCUUAUUUGUCAUAGUCAGAAGCUGGAAACAACCCAGAUAGAUGUAGAAAAUGUUGUACAUUUACACAAUGGAAUAAUACUCAGCUAUUAAAAACAAUGACAUUAUGAAAUUCUUAGGAAAAUGGAUGGAACUAGAAAAUAUCCUGAGUGAGGUUAACCAGUCACAAAAGAAGACAUGGUAUGUACUCACUGAUAAGUGGAUAUUAGGCAAGAUCUCAGAAUACCCAUGAUUCAAUUCACAGGCCAUAUGAAGCUCAAGAAGAAGAAAGACCACAGUGUGAAUGUUUCAGAAAGUAUGAAUACUUCAGUCCUACUUAGAAGGGGUGACAAAAUAAUCACAAAAGGUAGAGGAUGAGAGGGACUUGUGAGGAAAUGAGGAGGGGGAGUGGGAAAGGGGGGCAAAAUCAGAUAUGGGAGGAGACAGGGGAGAAAUACAGAGGGCCAGGAAAUUAAACAGAGUUAUGUAGUAAUGGGGGAUGGGGCACUGGAUGUAACCACCAGAAAAUCCCCAAAUCCCAGAAAAUAAGAGGCUUCCAGGACCCAGUGGGGAUGACAUUACUUGAAAUGCCCAGGAAACCAUAGAGAGAACAUGUAGAGACCAUAUCCAGAGGUCAGGCACAGCUUCUGAUUGAGGGAUGAGACCACAAAUCCAUCUCCAGUAUUUUAACCCAGAAUUGCUCCUGUCUAAAGGAGAUACACGACAAAGAGUAGAGCAGAGACUGAAGGAAAAGCCAUCCAGAGACUGACCCACCUAGGGAUCCAUCCCAUAUACAGACAACAAAAAACAGACACUAUUGCUGAUGCCAAGUGCUUGCUGACAGGAGCCUGAUAUAGCUGUCUCCUGAGAGGCUCUGCCAGAGCCUGACUAGUACAGAUGUAGAUGCUCAUAGACAAUGGACUGAGCAUGGGAACCCCAGUGGAGUUGUUAGGGGAAGGACUAUAGGAGCUGAAGGAGUUUGCAACCCCAUAGGAAGAACAACAAUAUCAACCAAGCAGAUCCCCCAGAGCUCCAAGGGACUAAACCACCAACAAAGAGUACAUAUUCAGGGAUCCAAGGCUCCAGUUGCAUAUGUAGCAGAAGACAGCCUUGUAGGGCAUCAGUGGGAGUGGAGGCCCUUUGUCCUCUGAAGACUCCAUUCCCCAGUGUAGGGGAAUGCUAGGGUGGUGAGGUAGUGUGGGGUAUACCCUCAUAAAAACAGGAGGAGGAGAUGGGAUAGAGGGUUUGUUGACAGGAAACCUGGAAAGGGUAUAACACUAGAAAUGUAAAUAAAUAAAAUAUCCAAUAAAUAUACAUAAAAAUUGUAUCCAUUUAUGAAUAGAAAUUAUAUAUUCAAGUUAGGUACAUAUGAAUUGCAAAUAUAUUUCCUGUAUCAUUUGCUUAAAAUCAAAUCUCUAUUUCUCUCUCUCACACACACAUACACACAUACACACAGAUACACACAUUCACACACCACAAGUAUCUAUACAUAUCUAAGUAUUACAUAAUUCUAGAAAUACAAAUCUAAAACUAUAUCAGAAAAAGGAUAAUCAACCUACACUUGAUUCUUUAAUAAACUCUGUAAUCAUGCUAGUAUGCCUUGAGAUCUGUGCUUGCUCACCUAGAAAGAUAUGACUUCAUUUAUGUACUCAUAGCUAUCUCAAGGAGCCUUUUCCUGGACUUAAUUUAACAGAUAAUCAUUUGAUCCAAAAGUCAACAAAACGAAGUACAGUAAAUAACUCUGGAAAUGCUGUUCCUCCUCCAGUCAGCAUAGUUAUAUUGUCCCUUUAUUAGUAUUUAGCAGUUCAUAAGGAUAUAUGCUUGAAAUUGAUACUUUUUCUAGAAAUAGAAAGCAAUGAAUCCAGAAGGAAAACAGAAUUGGAGAUAGCUUAAAGGAAGCACGCGGAGAAUGUCCCAGUGAGAAUGGACAUCAGUCUCCAAAGUAUGAUUUUCUGUCUUAUGAUCAUCCCCAAGUGCAUCCUGCUACCUGAUUUUGUGCUUGUUUUCUAUAUGAAAUAUGUCCUGUUGGUUUACGUGUACACUCCUAAGUGCUGAACAGGAACAGGGCCAUAGGAUGCACUCAUUCAUAGACAAACAAAAUUCUUUAAGAAUAUUUUACAGUGAGUAGGAAUCAGGAACCGUUUCAAGGUUUGAGAUACAUGUGCAGGGAGACAGUUCAGUUCAUUGCCCUUACAGCCCUUUCAUGGGAGAUAUACUGACCCUAACAAAACAAGGUACAAGUCACACAAGUCUUGACUGAAACUGGCCCAACUAAAUCACAUACCCAAGCCAUUUCCUUUUAACCAGAAGAACAGAUGCAGACAUACAAAAUGUUUUACUUUCAUUCCAGUAUGUUUCAAUGAGAUCAGAGAAACAGCCACUUGGUGAGCAUAUUGGUAUGUACUUGAGUCAAUAAUUUUUACAGUAAAAUGCAUGAGCUGGUUUUGAUGAAUAGUUUACUCUUCUGUUUGAUGAAUGUAAAACACUUUAAUAAAGAUGAUAGGAAAAUGCUGAGAAGACAGAACUCUCUAGUAUAACAUAUAUGAACUCACACAUUUUUAAAGACAUCAAAGACGUCUCCUAAGAAAACAAUUAAAACUGAAUGUAUACAUUCUACAUUUCCCCAAGGGAAAUUUAAUUUGAUACAUGAUUUAAAUUUGAAAGGUUUAGGGAACAUAUGAAAGAAACAAACUUUGCUAUCAGUCUUAGUUUAUGUUCUUCCCAGUUAGCUGCUUUCUACCUGUCUAGCCCAAAUGCUCUUUACUGAGUACACAGGAAAAUAAUGUGAUAUAUCUUCAAAUAUCGGGGUUUUUUGAAAAAAAGAAUCAUUAUCCCAUCAUUGAUGUCACUUAUUUUACUUUGAGUUCAGUUUUUCAUGUAAUAUGGCAUAAAAUGUAUGCAAUAAAUGGUGCUUGUUUUGACCUAGUAAUAACUUAAAUUGUAACAGGAGGCAAGCUUCCUCUUAGGUGGAACCUUUGGGCUAGAAUUUGAUGACAUUUAUCUACACAUUAACUUUUUAAUUAGUCAACUAUUCUCUGUGAAAGAAAUUUGCUAUCAUCAAUAUUGAUGGAUUCUCGCUAAACACCAUUACAUUGUUUCCUUCAUUUAGUGGGAUCUUGGUGCUUCAAAUAAACUUCCUGAUGCAUAGAGCCCAGGAUUAGGCAGGAAUAAUAUUCUUUAAAGAUCUUUGGUGACACACACUUUAAUGCAAAGAACCCUAGGAAGGACUUCUACCACAGGAUUACUAAAUCACAGCCUGCACUGUAGAAAUAUAAUCAAGGUGACCCCUUCACUGGCAGGGGUCACCAAUUAUAAGCCUAGCACUUAUAAGGGUUGCCUGCUGGUCAUAGGGAAGAAUCCAGAUAUCUAUUAUCUUACAUCAAGAACCUCCGAUCUCCUCCAGGUUGUCUAUGGUUUCCAAGGUCUUCUAGAAUCUCAAAAGGAAAGACCUGGGCUCAUUUGAUACUGCCAGGCUAUACCACCUGUGCAGGCUGAGUAGAUUUCAUCUGAAUUUCAUGGAUUACUGUCAAGGAGACUUCCACCUCUAGUUGCAGUUAAAUUUGCUCUAUGGUUACCUGAGACAGAAAGUCAUGAUGCACUAACUGUCCCUUCAGCCUUCUGAAUCUCUGACUGCCCUUCUACUAUUUGUCUAAGUCUAGUGAGACAGACAAAUCACGCAGUAGUGUAACAGUGUGUUUACGGUAUUUAGAUAAGACAACAAGGGACACAACAGAAGUCUCCUGAUCAAGAUGAGCCAUUAUCCCAAGGCUCAGAAAAGCUGUCAAUAACAGUUUAAGUUUCAUCUGUCCAAGUUCUAUUUAUACACAGAUGAGAGAGCCCAGAAUGUAGCCAGCUCUGGAUGAUACCCCAGGGGGACAUGAUAUGCUGGGGUAGAACAGUAGACAUCAUCUUCCUGGAAUCAAACCUGGAAUUUCUUGCCAGUGCUUCCUUACGUCCUGGCACAUUGUAGAGUAAUGACAAAACAAACAAAACAAGCAACAAAGAUAGAAGAAAUUAAUCAAUGCAAUGAUACCUAGGAAAUCACCUUGCAGCACUGAAGCACAGUGUUAUAGCCAUUAUGCUAUCCUAUCUGUCUAUCUAUCUGCCUGUUUGUCUCUCUAUCAUCUAUCUAUCUAUCUAUCUAUCUAUCUAUCUAUCUAUCUAUCUAUCUAUCUAUCUAUCAUCUAUUUAUCUACUAUCAUCUAUCAUCUUUUGUCAUUGUCUAUCAGCAUUGAGUGUUAUAUGUGUUUGUAACUACAUGUGUAUGUGACUGAGGGCACAUGCAUGUAAGUAUAUGUGCCCUCAUUUAGAUUUCAGAGAUCAGUAACAAAUGACUUCCUCAGCUGCUCUCUACUGUAGUUUUUUUUUUUUUUUAAGAUUGUCUUUCUGAAACGAGAGGUCAUUGGUUAAGCUAGGCUGCCUGACCAAGGAGCUUCAGGAAUACAUCUCUCUGCCUCUCACUCUUCAGUACGAGAAUUAUAGUGUCAAGUACUAGUGCCUGGCUUUUUAAAAUAAAAUUAGUCCUCACAAUACAGGCUUCCGUCCCUGAGCUUGCUGAAUUAUCUCCUUAGCCUGUAAUCCCUGUGUAUAAACCCUGAACAUCUUCCAGCAUUGGUUCCCUUUUAGAUGGCAGAGAAUGGAAGGCUAAAGCUGAAGGUUGAAACAUAGAGCUUUGUCUUCUUUAGCCCAGGCUCAGUACGGUUAAGAUUUAGAAAUAUUGGGAGAAAGAAGGUUAAACACAAACUAUUCUCUUUCUCUGUCAUUGCACCAGUGCUAUUAGCUGCAAACUGGUUCUCUGUAAGUCCUGUUGAAAGAACCAGAUGUGUUCCUGCUUCUUCUAGAGGCUUUUAGGCUGUGAGCUCCAACCACCUUGGCUCUACCCUCUUUACCUUACCUUGAUGAGAGUAGCUGGUGCUAGUGGGUCCUUAUUUCUUUCAUGAUUUAUAUAUCUAAUUCCUUGCAUCAGUUUCUAAAACAUUCUCUCUCUCUCUCUCUCUCUCUCUCUCUCUCUCUCUCUCUCUCUCUCUCUCUCUCUCUCUCUGCAUACAUUCACAAGUUUUCAAUUCAGAAGAGACUGUAGCUCAGUGGUAACUUUUUGCUAUUGCAUGGAAGGCCAUAGUUUUGAUCUCCAGCUGUGUAAUUAUGGGAAAUAAAAUGAACAAACAGCUCUGCCCAGCAAAGAGCUUUAGAAUGGUGUAAGAGUCCAGGCACUUAAUGAAUUGCACUGGAUAAAUGACAUUUAGUUACUAUUUAUAAAUGGAAAAAAGUCUGUAAAAAGAUAUGGUAUUGAAUGUGAUUUUUAAAAAAAAAGAUAUAAUGAAAUCCAAACUAUGAUGCCUUUCCUAUAUCAAGAAACUCAUUUUGCACAAUUUUGGCUUACCAUUUGAAAUAUGGUUACAGUUCUACUGUGCUAUAAAACACUAAAUUGCCCAUCCAUAGUCAUUUCAGUUCAAGGAUCUUGGAGAAUGUGGUAGAAUCGAAAUCAAGCUUGCUAAGGGGGGAUGAAUUGUAUAUUAGAUACUGGAAAAGUGCUUUUCUCUUAAUAUAUCAUUAGAAGCAUUUUUACAUACCAUUUUAUAUGGACUUGCUUUUUAUAAAGAUGCAAGAAUGAAGUUUUCUUUGGUAUUGGGUAAUUAGUACAAAAAUCAAUAGAGGACAUUACCAGGUACUUUCCAUGUAUUCAUAACACAGCAGAACUAUGACUGCCUCUCAUUUGUGAUAAUAUGGCUUUGCUUAGCUCAUCUAGCCUUAGAAAUGCCUUAACAAGUAGGAAUGGUGCAGUCAAGCAUCUGUGUUCAACCUAAGACAUCUAUGUUUGUGAUGUAAGAAUGCUUUAGAAUUAGAUGACGCUUCCUGGGGACUGCAUUUCUUGUUCCUCUCUUCUCUCUCACGUGAGAUUUGUCCAUAUAAAUUGUUCUCAUUAAUGGAAUGUAAGAAGAAAAAAUGUUUGUUCUUUCAAUAAAAUUGAUUUCUAGGAAACAAUUGUGCUGUAUAGACUUUCUCCUACAACUGGCUAAAAACAGAAAUUUGUGAAGAGUUCUGUAAGAUACAAGGUAAAACCAGAAUAAAAGCAAUCUCUGGGCACAGUAUGGGUCAGUGAGGUAGUAAGUAUUAUUUAAACUCUUGGAGGUUCAUGUGAACUUUUCAAAAUGUUUGUGAAGUCAAGUAUUUUUAUAAUGACAUUUAGUAAAUACCUAGGAUCUUGUAAAAUUAACAAUAUCUAUAUUUGAGUGUUCUGUGUAUUAUACAAAUGUUCAACCUAUAAUGUUACAGAUAAUCCAGGGAAGAAAAAGAAAUAUUUGUAAAGUAAGGUGCACCAAUAGAUUAUAUUAUCAAUGACUGAGAAGUUUAUAAACAUGGCUCAGGUUGCACAAUCUAGUAUACUUUUAUAAAGCAGAUUUCUGAAUUGGUGGGAGACUGCAUUGGAAACUGAAAUAUUCAAAAUAUCAAAAAGUAUAGAGAAAUUGAAAUUAUUCUUCCCCUUUGCCAGUUGUUUUUAUUGUUGACACACAAUUAAACAUAUACAGAAAAAGAGAAUGAGAGACAGGCAGGCAGACAGACAGAUGGACAGUCAGGCAGGAGGACUUGGGGAAGCUGAAAAGCCCUUAUCUGAGAUCAUUGGAAUAUAAAUAUUUGGAUGUUAAAAUUAUUCAGAGUUAGAAAUGGUACAUACAUAAUAAAACACCUUGAAAAUGGAAACUGAAGGUAAUUCGGCACAGUAGACUUCAUCUGUCAUCAUUGUGAUUGUGACUCUGGCAUCACAUAAGAUAAUGUUGACACUCAUACUUGACGUAUCAUGUUGCUACUCCCAAUAUUUUGGGUGUGGGGCAUUUUUGAUUUCAGGUCUUCAUAUUAUAACUACAUAACCUGUCCAAGCACCACAGAGUAUACAGGAGAUUAAGUGAAGAAUCAUAUAAAAAAACUCCUUGUAUUCCAUGAGGCCAGACAUCAGAGACAGCCAGAAAAAAAAUCAUAAUUUUUUUGCAAGACAUAGUUAUUUUCAUUAAUCUGUAUUAUCUAUGUUUACAUGUGGUGAGCCCUGUAUCACAUUUAAGUAAAAAUUAAAAUAAUUUAGAAUUUUUCUCAGUUAAUUAUUUACUUUUAUAUAAUUAUUAUUAUUAAUUAUAUCUCCAUGUGUAUGUAUGUGUGCAUGCAUGCACAUGCCAAGGUACCAGUGUGAAUGUUAGAGGCGGGCAUUUAAGAGUUAGUUUUCUCCUCCCAGUUUCAAGUUGUUCUAGGUGACCUGUCACAUGCAGCAAAUGCUCUUCCACCCUGAGCCAUCUCACCAGCCAGUUUUAAAGUUUUAAUCUAUAAAUAUGAAUAACUAUAACAUUUAUCAAUAAAUUUGAUUCAGUGUUUUCAAUCUUUUCCUAAAAAGUAAGUUGGUCAAAAGUGUUGUCGGCCACAUUGUAAGGAAGAAAAAUAUCUGCCUCAUCUGAUUAUUAUAUAGGAAACACAGCAUGAAAUUUAGGACAGUUGAUAUUUCAGUGUCUCUGUGUCAUAUCAUUUAGCUCUACCCUUUAUUAUACAGUCCCGGGAGGCCUACUGCCCAUACCCAUUUGGUGGGUACCAUAUGCAAAGUUGAGCUUUCCUGUAGCAUGCAGUUGGCUGUCUUCACAUGUAGGUAAAAGUUCAUAGUGGCUGCAUAAUGAAGAGAACAGCCAUACAAAACAGGUUUUUUGAGAACCUCUAAAAGCACUAGCUGUUUGUGUUUUUUAGAGACAAAAUAUAAUUUAAUUUCUCCUAAGCACUGGCUGAUGAUCAUUUGUAAAUGUUCCUCCCAAGCCUGGUGCUGGCAUUGCCAUUGCUAACAUUUGCAUGAUUUGAUUCCUAGCUUUGGAGGGCUUUAUUCUGAAAGCACAGAUCUUGUGCUUACUGCCUGUCUGGCAGCAAACACAGCAUCUCCCCUCUGUUUUCAGUCAUGUGAACUUACUGUAUCACUUUAUAAGAGUAAGCAGUGAGGCCUGAACAGUACAUUUAAAUUUAGAGGUAUGUUCGAUGGUAGAUGGUCUUGAAAGAUGGUUAUUUCCUUUUCAGUCUUUGUUAGAUUCAUAACUGAAGUCAUAUAAUUAUCUAAUUCUUUUGCAUUCAUAUAAAAGUGGAAAGAAAUGUUUUGUUCCAAUCCCAUAUCUAAUCGAUAUAUUAUUUAAAGAAACUGACUAAAAAAAGAGGAAAGUGCUGUUUCUACCCUAGAUGCAAUAUAUUUUUCUCUAAGAAGAGAGAAAAAGAAAUGUUAAUUUAUGGGCAAUCAUGUUUUAUUCAUUUUCCAACUUUUCCUUUUCUCUGAGCCAUGACUGGAAUUAUCAGUGUAUAGGCCCCUGACCAAAUGGAAAGUGCAACUCUGACUUAUCACAUAGACCUAGGCUCAUUUCUGUUGAAUUCCAAGCACAUUUAUCGCUUGAACAAUUUAUAUGGUUCUAUGGCUGCUUCUUUUCGUGUCUACACGAGCCCCAGGAAAUGGAGGCAUCUGACACAUCUGACUCUCUCAGACCUUCAUAUUAGAUAUGUGACAGUCCCAAAAAUCAAAACCAUAUUUAGAACUUUGGGAUGUAUAUCACUGACUAUAUUCUAUAAAGAAAAUAAACAAGAAAAACCAAUAUCCUGUGAAUGAAGGGGAAACUAUUGUGAAAGAUCUUGAUUUAUUUGAAGUUAUAGCGGUAAAUACUGUUGUUAUCUUUAAAGAUGCUGAGAGAAAAGCAGCCUGGUCAGCAACAUUAGGCAAGAUGGCAGCACAGGCAUAGAUGGUUGGUCCUCCUAGACAGCUUUCAGGGGUCUUCUACCCUUUUCUAUUACUAGUCAUUAGCAAAAUCAGCAAGAAAAGCACUUUUUUGCUCCUUUUUACAAAAACAAAACAAAGCAACAAAAACAACAUCAAAGGGCAGGAGUUAGCCAUUGUCUGGAUGUCUUCUCAGUUGUGUUUUCCUUUAAUCAGGUCAUGAUUUCCCAGUAGUUUAAGCCAGCAACUAGGAGAUCCACUAUGAGUUUCUUCUACAAGGUCCCUCUCCCUUCAUAUUCACAGAGGCAUAGUAAUUCUGUCUACUUUGUCUCCAUACUGGAAACAGUUGGCAUAUGCACCUCAUGACUUUUGCCUGACAAGAAUCAUCAACCCUCCUUGGACUUGCACAUGCCUUCCCAAACAGCUUGGUUGACUUCAUGCUUAACUCUGAACCAUUUUCUACUCUGGAGACAGUGUGAUCCUUUUACCUGUUUGAACAAUUCAGUAGGUCCCUGUUAGCUCCAGCAUAAAAUCAAACACUCUGGCACAAUGUACAGAGCCCUCAACAACAAUCUGGGUCCUGCCAUCUUUACCCUACUUCAUGUAAAUCCUCAAUCUUAUACUGUGUCUCAGUGGGUCUGAUGCAGUCCCUUCUACCUACAUGUCCUCUCCUUACUAAUUCUCCUUAGUGAAAUCCACUCAACUUGCAGCUCCCAUGCCGGUUCCCAAGUGGCUUUUGGAUCAUCUCCUCUCAUUUUCCACCUUUUCUUCAGCAUUGAUCAUGUAGUUAUCACCCAGUUAUUUCUUUCAUAUUGCUCUAUAUUUCUCUAUAUAAGUAAUCAUCCUUUUAGGAAAGUAAGAGUAUUCUUUAUUCCGGUAUUGGAGGUUAGAUGCAGAAAAAUAUUAAUUCAGAUAGUAACAUCUUUAGCUCAUAUAGUUGAAGCAUUCAGUAAAUAUUAAACACCAGUAUUGGCUAGUCUCUGAAAACACAAUAGAAGUAUUCACUCUAGUGAGUUCUCCCUACAGGAUAUCAUUCUCCCUCAGAGAUAGAAUGAUUGUGUAUGUCGAUGAUCUGCCUUUUCAGGAAGUAGAUCCUACAACAGUGAACUUGUUAAACUUCUUCACCGCUGUAUCCUUAUCACCUGGCACACGAAAAGGAGUCAAUAUGUAUUUCAUGAAUGACUGAAAGAAUGAAUAAAAUAACAAAUCAUAGCAGCAUCUUAAAGCAAUUUAUAAGAGCAAGAAUUUGAAGUUUAAAUAGGAUUAGAGACCUAAAGUAUUUCAUAGAACUACUAUGAAUCACACUCAGGAGCAGCCAGGGAUAAAUAAAACUGUCUAAAGACAUUGUAUCUGUCAUUUUUUUGGUUGGUGUGAUAAAAUGAUAAAAGUAAACAAUGUAAGGAACAAAGGGCUUAUUUUAUAAUACAGCUGGUGAAUGAUAGAGUCUAUAGUGAUAGAGAAGGCAAACUAAGAGGCAGGAACAGGAAAUUGGUUGGUCAAACGUUCUUUCACACAGAGAAAACAUAAUAAGCACAGGAAGGUCGGUAAGGCUAUGACCCCCUAAAAGCCAAGAGAUGUUAUUCCUUCAUCAAGGUUUCAUAUCCUCCCUAAAUAAUGUCAUUAAUUGAGAAGCAUGUUUAUAAAUGCAAGAGAGAGAUAUAUUUCUCACUCAAGCUACAACAGAUAUGUUGGUAGCAUGAAGCCAUUGAAUCGCGUUCAUGUCUGGAUGGCUUUAUCUUCAGUCUCUCCUCCAAACUUUGUCCCUGUAUUUCCUCCUUUGAGUAUUUUGUUCCCCCUUCUAAGAAGGACUGCAGCAUCCACACUUUGGUCUUCUUUCCGCUUGAGCUUCAUGUGAUCUGUGAAUUGUAUCUUGGGUAUUCUGGGUUUCUGAAUUGUGUUGUUUCUUUAAUUUCUUUCCCAGUGUGUUUAUCCUUUGAGUAGAGGUAUGCUACUGAUUUGUUUGAAUUAAUUUUAGAUCCAGCCACUUUGCUCCAGAGACUGCCCCAACUAGGGAUCCAUUUCAUAUACAGACACCAAGCCCAGACACUAUGGCAGAUGCCUUGAAAGGCUUGCUGGUAGGACCCCGAUCUAGCUGUCUCAUGAGAAUCUCUGUCAGAACCUGACAAAUACAGAACUGGAUACUCGCUGCCAACCAAUAGUCUGAGAAGGGGGUCCCCAAUGUAGGAGUUAGAAAAAGGAAUGAAGGAGCUGAAGGGGUUUGCAACCUAUAGGAAGAACAAAUAUCAACCAACCAGACCCUCCAGAGCUCCCAGGGACGAAACCAACAACCAAAGAGAACACGUGGAGGGACCCAUGGCCCCAGCUGCAUAUGUAACAUAGGAUGAUCUUGUUAGACAUCAGUGGGAGGGAGGCCCUUGGUCCUGUGAAGGAUUGAUGCCACAAUGUAGGGAAAUGCCAGGGCAAGGAGGACAGAGUGGGUGGGUAGGUAGGGAAGCAUCAUCAUAGAAGCAGGGGGAUGGAGGAUGGGACAGGGGUUAUCUAGAAGAGAAACCAGGAAAGGAGAUAACAUUUGAAAUGUAAAUAAAUAAAAUAUCAAAUAAAAACCCUUUUAAAACAUGUGUGCAUCUUUGUAAAGUAUCAUGGAUGUGCCAUAUACGUCAUUGAGUAACUUAUUGAAGUUAGGCUGUUUGUUCGGGGUUUUUAUUUCCUUGUGAUAUACAUUUGCUUACAGUGGUAUGUCCUUUACUCUGUUUUUAAUUUAGGCAAUUUCCUUAACUUGAUUUCUAACUAUAUGCCAUUGACAUUACUGAAUUGGGAAGACUAAUUCAUUUUGCUUUUGCUGACCACAUAAAAUAAUACUCCUGAAAUUGCAAGAACAGUGUUCAAAUGAGAAAAACACUGCAGAAAGUAAUUGCAUAUUUCCAAAAGCUUCAUCAAGUCAGUCAUGUGUCCCAAAGAGAAAAUUCUCAAUAUCCGAUUAUGUUUUCUUAUAGCCGGCCAUGAGAUAGUGAGAUAGUAAAAGAUUGGCUGGUUGUUUUUACACUUUUAGAACAUGAUCCUAGCAAGAGCAUCACAUGGAUAGAGUAAAACAGAGGCAGGAACGUGGUUUCAGGGGCAACGAAAGGAGAAAGAAAACGGAUGGCAGCUACAGUCUGCUUAAUCAAAGAGACUGCUGAUUGAUCUGUGGGAGAUACCUUUGCAAUUCUUUGGUAAUGCAGCCAGUCUCUGCCUCAGAAAUACACAAUUCUAACCACCCACCUUUAGAUACUUUUAAGCGUAGCUGUUUGCAGGAUUCAGGCCAACUGAACCAAUACUUCCUGAAACUGGAAUUUGAGUACUUUUUUUCUUGAUGAUUAGAAUGGUCCUAUGUAGGUGCUGGCCCCAUUUCCCAGUGUAAUGUAUCUCUUGCUUCACUGUUUCGAUGCAGUUAACACUUUCAGAAGUUCAUGUUUGUGUCCAUUGAUAUUAAAAGACAUUAAAGAAGAGUGAGGUCAAAAAGGUCAAAGUGAUACAAAUUGGGACGAAGUCAAAAUAUCACCAUUUGCAAAUAAUAGGAUAGUAUACUGGAGUGACCCCAAAAAUUGUACUAGAGAACUCCUAAACCUGAUAAACAACUUCAGCAAAGUGGCUGGGUAUAAAAUUAACUCAAUCAAAUCAGUAGCACUCUUCCACUCGAAGGAUAAACAGGUUGGGGAAGAAAUUAAAGAAAUGACACAAUUUAGAAUCGUCACAAACAAUAGAAAAUACCUUGGUGUAACUCUAACCAAGCAAGUGAAAGAUCUUAUGACAAGAACUUUACCUCUCUGAAGAAAGAAAUCAAAGAUCUCAAAAGAUGGAAAGAUCUCCCAUACUCAGGAUUGGCAGAAUUAAUGUAGUAAAAAUGGUCAUUUUGUCAAAUGCAAUCUACAGAUUCAAUGCAGUCUCCAUCUCAAUUCUUCAUAGAGUUAGACAGAGAAAUUUGCAAAUUCUUUUGGAAUAACAACAAGUCCAGGAUAGCAAAACUAUUUUCAACAGUAAAAGAAUUUUCAAGGGAAACACCAUCACCGACCUGGAGCUGUAUUAUAGAGCAAGAGUGAUAAAAAAAAAAAAAAAAACCAAAACUGCAAGGUAUUGGUACAGAGACAGGCAGGUAGAUCAAUGGAAUAGAACUGAAUACUCAGAAAUGAACCCGCACACCUAUGGUCCAUUGAUCUUUGAUAAAGAAGCUAAAACCAUCCAGGGGAGCGGGGAGACAGCAUUUCAACAAAUGGUGCUGGUUCAACUAGAUGUCAGUGUGUACAAGAAUGCAAAUCGAUCCAUUCUUAAUUCUUUGUACAAAGAGCAAGUUCAUGUUGAUCAAGGACAUCCACAUAAAACUAGAUACAUUGAAACUAGUAGAAGAUAAAAUGGGAAAAAAUAAUAAGAAAAAAAGAAGAUAAAGUGAGGAAGAGCCUUGAAUACAUGUGCACAAGGGAAAUUUUCUUGAACAGAACACGAAUGGCUUAUGCUCUAAGAUCAAUGAUAAACAAAUGGCAUAUCAUAGAAUUACAAAGCUUCUGUAAGGCAAAUGACACUGUCAAUAGGAAAAAAAUGGCAACCAACAGAUUGGGAAAAGAUCUUUGCCAAUUCUACAUCUGAUAGAGGGCUAUUAUCCAAAAUAUACCAAGAAGUCAAGAAGUUAGACUCCAGAGAGCCAAAUAACUCUAUUUAAAAUGGGGUACAGAGCUAAACACAGAAUUCUUAAAUGAGGAAUAUGGAAUGUACAUGAAAUACCUAAAGAAUUAUUCAUCAUCCUUAGUCAUCAGGGAAAUGCAAGUCAAAACAACCCAGAGAUUUCACCAGUCAUAAUGGCUAAGAUCAAAAACUCAGGCUACAGCAGAUGUGGAGAAAGGGGAACUCUCCUCCAUUCUUGGUGGGAUUACAAGCUUGUACAACCACUCCAGAUAUCAGUCUGGUGGUUCCUCAGGUAAUUGAACAUAGUACUACCUGAAGACCCAACUAUACCACUCCUGGGCUUAUAUUCAAAAGAUGCUCCAACAUAAAACUAAGACACAUGUUCCACUAUGUUCAUAGAAGCCUUAUUUAUAAUAGCCAGAAUCUAGAAAGAAACCAGAUGUCCUAAAAUGGAUUAAUGAAUACACAAAAUGUGGUACAUUUACAAAAUGGAGUAAUACACAGCUAUUAAAACCAAAGACUACAUUAAAAUCUUAGACAAAUGGAUGGAACUAGAAAAUAUCAUCCUGAGUGAGGUAAACUGCUCACAAAAGAACACACAUGGUAUGCACUCACCAGUAAGUGGAUGUUAGCCCAAAUGAUUGGAAUACUCAAGAAACAGUUCACAGACCAUAUGAAUCUCAAGAAGAAGGAAGACCAAGAUGUGGAUGCUUCAGUCCUUCUUAGAAAGGGGAACAAAAUACUCACUAGAGGUAAUACAGGGAGAAAUAUUGGAGCACAGAUAGAAGGAAAGGCUAUCCAGAGAUUGCCCCAUCUAUCCUGUAUGCAGCCAGCAAACUCAGUCACUAUUGCUGAUGCCAAGAAGUGCUUGCUGACAGGUGCCUGAUAUGGAUGUCUCCAGGGACACUCUGCCAGAGCCUUAGAGAUACAGAUGAGGAUGAUUGCAGAUAACCAUUGGACUGAACGGUGGGACCACAAUGGAGGAUUUAGAGAAAGGACUGAAAGAGCUGAAGGGGAAGGGGUUUGCAAACCCAUAGGAAGAACUGCAAUAUCAACCAACCAGACCCCCCAGAGUUCCUAGAGACUAAACCGCCAAACAAAGAGUGCACAUAGAGGGACCCUUGGUUCCAGCCCAAUAUGUAGCAGAGGAUUCAUUUUCUGGCAUCAAUAAGAGGAGAAGCCUUUGAUUCUGUGAAGGCUUUUUUCCCCAGUGUAGGGGGAUGCCAGGCAGUUGAGGUGGAAGUGUGUGGGUAGGAGUGGAAACAUCUUCAUAGAAGCAGGAGGAGGGGUGAGGUGGUAUGGGAGAUUGGGGAAAGGGGAUAACAUUUGCAAUGUAAAUACAGAAAAAAAUCCAAUAAAAAUGAAAUUUAUGUUUUUUCUUUAUUUAUCAAUGACUCUGUUGAGUAGACACGCUCAAGCCUCACAUGUCCCCAUUGUCAUAUUUACGAUCUAUAUUAGGUAGAUAUUGACAAAUUUUAGUAUUAAUAAUUAUAUACACAUGCAUAUGUACAGUCAUUCACACAUAUACCUAUACAUACCACUUCUCACUCAUUGGGCUAAUAUCAAGUCAUGUACAUACAUGCUAGUGCUUAGAACCAGUUUGGGUCUUCUGCAAAACUCUUAACUACUGAGCAAUCACUCCAGCCAGAUUACUUAGCAAUCAACCUCAGGAAAGACCUGUGGAGCAAAGGGAAGGAAUAGUCUUAGUGUUGUGAUUGAACAUCUCUCUUCCCAUUCACACAUUGCUUCACCAGUCAUGGCAUUAGGCACAGCUCAGAAGCAUGAAACAAACUUCUGAGUAAACAUACAAACACCAACAACCCAGGCUGUUUUCGGGAAGCUCUGUUGUUUCAAAAUUGGAUUUUUCUCACAUCCAGAAUGGCACCAACUAAAUGUACAUUUUGAUGUCUUCACACAUACAAAUAAGAACAAGUAUUUCUACCUCUUAAAAUAAAUUAACUGCUUUACCAUACUCAGAGAGAAGUGAGUAUAAUCUGUGUCUUGUACAUAUCUGUGUUUCUACCCACAGCCAGUCUGAGAUUUGGCUGGUGGUCAAUAAACACAAGCUGAAUUAAGCUGAAUAAAUUAAAAAACAAAUAUAUAAUUCUGCUUUGUGCUCGCAACUGGCCAUACUUCUCAGAGCACUAACAACACAGAAUCCCCUCUUUCUCUGUCUCUGUCUCUGUCCUUGUCUCUUUCUGUCUCUCAUUGUUUCUCUGUCUGUCUGUCUGCCUCUCUCUCUCUCGCUCUCUCUCUUUCUCUCUCUCUCUCUCUCACACACACACACACAAACACCUGUGUGUCUAUGUUUGCAUACCCAAGAAUCCCAUGAAAACUUGAAAUCUGAAGCCAAAAUAUAUGUGCAAAUGACAUGUAAGCUUAAGAAAACGACACUGCUACAUUAUGAGACAGAAUCCCCAAAGAUACCAUUAGCUCAUUUUGUGUUGGCUAUCUGCUCCUAAUAUGUAGCCUGUCUUUAAAAGUGGUUUGUAUUUCUAGUGAGAACCUCUUGAAGACAAAGUAACUCUUUUGCAUUUAAAAGUGGUUAUCAACCGAAGAUAACUAACUUCUGGGCUAGGUAUGGAAAUGUGUCAUUUUCUCUCAAUAUUGCAAUUUUAUUUAGAUUGUUUUCAUGCAUAUAUGUAUACUUCAGGAAGAUUCUAAUAUAUUAGGUUUCUAUAUAACCCCUCAAAAAGCCCUUAGUAGCUAUCUCUCUAUUUCCUCUCUUGCCCACCUCUUUCCUCUUCUUCCCCCCCUCCCACAUUUGAUUCUCCCAUUUCAGUCACAACCUAUCUGUCUAUCCAUUCUUUAAACGUCUAUUUAUUCUAUUUCUCUUUCCUGGGUAGCUACAUCUUUGCUCCCUAGUUUAUUACUCUAUACAUCGUCUCUGCAAUUAAAUGGAUUUUAGGUUUCUUAUUAGUUGCAUAAGGGCUAACAUCCAUUCACACAAAUCAAUAUAUUUCACAUUUGCCUUUCUGGUUCCGGGUUACCUAACUCAGGAUGAUUUCUUUCUAGAGCUAUUUAUACAUUUCCCUGCUAAUUUAACUUCAUUUUUAGUGGCUGAGUAAUAUUCCAUUAUGUAAAGUAACUACAUCUUUUAUCCAUUUAUCCAUUGAUGGACUUCUAGGCUGUUUCCAACUUCUGGCUAUUAUGAAUAGCUGCUUCCAAAUUUCUAAACUAAGUCAUCACAUGUAUAAAUUCAUUUCCACCAUGUGACAAAGUAAAAAUGUCAUAUUUCUGCUAGAUAGAUGGAUGCUACUUCACUGAUGUAAUUGUAGAAUUUUGUAACUCUAAUAAAGAACACCUUCUUGCUUCCUCAUAGGCUUCACCUUCAACUGUGAAUGCUCUAGGCUUCUAUAUCACAGUUAAUUCAGAAGUCCUGUAAAACCAAGAAUUUUAGUUCUUUCCGGAGUCUGAUUUCACAGGUUGGCUGGGGGCAGACAAUUUUUAGUUCUCACAAAAAUUCUUCAAAAUUUGCUGCUUUAGGAGUUCCUCUAAGAAAAAUAAAUAUAUAACAACAUGACCCACAUCUUCAGUCAUUCCAAAUAUUUCUAUAUGUCUCAUUUUUUUUCCAGAUUACUUUGUUUUCCUUCCUAGGAAAACUUUGUUGGUUUUGUGUCAGCGUGUCAAAGUCCUCUGCUUAGUGAAUUUCCACAUAAACACAGUAUUACUUCUAACUGCAAUGCCACAGGCUCUAGAGAGGUGUGCAAUAUGAUGAAAACCAUGAGGCACCCUGGGAGCACAUUAUAAUGUGGAGCUGAGAGAACAUCCACCUUCUCUCCUCUCAUUGUCUCUCACGCAAUGUGACUAAUACUACGUUUUAAUUUACAGCUUUGUCCCUUUUAUUCUCUCGCUUUGUGUUGGUGAUUUUGCUACUUAGGACAACCUCAAAGCAUGGUUCUAAAAUGAUGGCUAGGGUCCCAGCGGACAACAAGGUGGUCACGUACUUUUCAGAGGAAACAUACUAAAAAAGCUUCAUUCAGUCACGGAGUUUGAUGUCUGUAGUCAAUGGGUAUUAAGUAGAUGACUUUAAAUAGAACUGCACACAUAAGGUAGAUCAUGCAUUUGUAAGUAUGUUACCAGGCACAAGUAAACUAACAGUUUCUCCUAGAAGCAAAGAUGCAUUAGCCACUAAUUAAGGAUUAGCCUCCGCUUGGUAAAUCUUGAGUUCUUCAUGUAAAUUCUCUUUCCAUACUCCCCUGUCCUCACAAAGAGUCCUUUCUUUUUACUGCAUUCAGGUGUCUCCUCUUGUCUCCAAGACCCAUGAGAUAAUUUUAGAAACAACAAUUUUGUAUAUAUAAAAAAAAGCCUUAACAAUACAGCUGUUAUUUUGUUAGAGCCCCCUGGGCUGGAUUGAUAUUUUAUAUUUAUAUGAUUACACUGUUGUUAAGCAAAGCUAUGGUUACUUAAUGAGUGUAUACAAAAUAUUACUGAAUAAAUUAAUGCAAAUGCAAAUAUGUUAUCUCCAUGGAGGGGCAUUUCAAUAUUAGCAUAGAAUAGUUUAAUUAUUCUUUGGAACCUAAUGAAAUCCUGAGGAGACAGAUUUCUCCACAAGUCUGUGAUGAGACUGGCAAGAGAUAAAAUGACUUUUAACCCAUGUAGAAGAAAAUUCUCUGACAUCCUGUCAUAUUUAUAUGUGUAUGUGUGUAUAUAAACACCACACAAACACACACACACAUACACACACACACACACACACACAUACACACACAAGCCAGUGAGUAAAAUAAUAAAUAAUAAAAUAAAAAUUUGCAGAAGUGUCAAAAGAGGGAGAAAUAAUAUAAAUGUUGAAACCUCUGUCGCUGUUUCCAUAUGGUAUUAUGGUAAAGGUGGUAAAAGAAGUCUAUCCUAUGGGUCAUGCUAAAGCUAAAUACAGCCCCUCCCUCCUCAGCACAGCCAUCUCUUGUGAAACUGAGGAUUGAACCCAGAACUUUGAGGCGUUAUAUCCUACGCUGAGUCCUUUAGCACUGAACUACAUCCCAAGGUGCUCAUUACCUUAUUGUGUUUGGUACAGCAUCUUGCUAAACUGCCAUGUUCUGCCUGGAGUUAAUUACAUAACCCAUGCUGGCCUUCUACUCUGAUCCUCUGAGCUCAGCCUCCUGAUUAUUUGUGCUUACAUGUAUAUACACUGAGUUUGGCUGUUUUUAUGUUUUUUAUUGGAUAUUUUUUAUUUACAUUUCAAAUGUUAUUCCCUUUCCCAGUUUCCUGUGCAUAAACUCCCUACCAUAUUCUCCCUCCCCCUGCUUAUAUGAUGAUGUUCCCCACCAUCCCAUCUCCCUGCCCCGACAUUCACUCACUGGGGCAUCAAGCUUUGGUAGGUCCAAGCGUUUCUUCUCCCACUAAUGCCCAACAAGGCCAUCCUCUGCUACAUAUGCAGCUGGAGCCAUUGGUCUGUCCAUGUGUACUCUGUAUUUUGGUUUAGUCCCUGGGAGCUGUGGGUAAUUGGUAGUUGUUUUUGUGGGAUUGCAAACACCUUCAGCUCCUUCAAUCUUUUCUCUAACUCUUCCAUUGAGGACCCUGUUCUCAAUUCCAAGUUUGGCUGCAAGCAUUUGCCUCUGUAUUUGUCAUGCUCUAGCUGAGCCUCUCAGGAGACAGUUCUAUCAGACUCCUGUCACCAUGCAAUUCUUGGCAUCCACAAUAUUGUCUGGAUUUGGUGGCUGUUUAUAAGCUGGAUCCCCAUGUGGGGCAGUCUCUGUUCAGUCUUUCCUUCAGUCUCUACUCCAAACUUUGUCUCUGUAUUUCCUCUUGUGAAUAUUUUUGUUCCCCCUUCUAAGAAGGACUGAAGCAUCGGCACUUUGGACAUCCUUCUGUCCUUCUUCUUGAGCUUCAUGUGAUCUGUGGAUUGUAUCUUGCAUAAUAUGAGCUUUUGGGCUAAUAUCCUCACAUGCAUACCAUGUAUGGGUUUUAUUUUGUUUUUGUUUUGUUUUUUGGAUUGGGUUACCUCACUCAGGAUGAUAUUUUCUAGUUCCAUCCAUUUGCCUAUGAAUUUCAUGAAGUCAUUGUUUUUACUCCAUUGUGUAAAUUUACCACAUUUUCUGUAUCCAUUCCUCUGUUGAGGGAUAUCUGUGUUCUUUCCAGCUUCUGGCUUUUAUAAAUGAGGCUGAUAUGAACACAGUGGAGCAUGUGUCCUUGUUAUAUGUUGGAGUAUCUUUUGGGUAUGUGUUCAGGAGUGAUAUAGCUGGGAGUUUUCAUUUUUCCAACCUUAGUUAUUCAAUAUGAGUUCAAGGAUGAUGACAAUGACCUUGGUAGGUAUCGCACAGCCUCUUCAAAUGUGUAAUUUUAUCUCAUCUUUGGCACCAGGGUGUUUUUUUCCUUACCUACAAAAACUCUCCUAUCAAAAACACGAGGUGAAUUGGUAUUAUCUUCCAUCAACUUCUACAUACAAAAGCCUGAAAAAAUUAAGAUUCUAGCGUUUUUUAAAAAUUGUUUGUAAAGUGUUUUGAAGUGAGACAACACUCCAGAAACUUGGAACAAGGCCAUUUACUGACCAUUUGGGGAGAACUUCAAUAUGUCAAUUAUACUGAUAAAAACAGUUAAAACCUCACUUUGAAAUAACUUCACUGAAUCAGAUCAUUGCUCGGGGUUAACAGUGUUAGUAGUUGAAUGGGAGUUUUUAUAUUUAAUAAGUUAGGCAAGCAUGAAUGUCUGCACUGAGCAGACCUUCUCUCCAGUAGAAUACAUGCCAUUUGCCAGUGAAUGUUUCCUGAUAAAAGAGGAAACUAUUUCAUGUUUGCUCUCCUGAUACCUCCAUUAGGUAAAUAUUAACUUUAAGGAAUACACCAAACCACAUCCUUCACCUCUCAAAGCUGCUGCCACCGCUGGAUUCCUUUGUCGUGUUACAAUAUUGAUGGAUUUUUUUUGUUUUGUUUUCUUCUUGAUUUUUAUAUUAUAUAUUUAAAAGGCAGUAUCUUUUAUCCUGUGAAUUUUCAGUAAAAAAGGCACAAUGCACUUUUUUUUACUUCUAUUGGUAUGUACUGUAUAUAUAGUCUGCAUGCUUCUCAUGAUGAGAAUAAACAAUAAUUAUAAAAAUAUUAAAUUUCUGUGAUUUUUUCAAUAAGAGUACAUAGAGUAGAAUCUAUCAGGAGCUUUGUAAAAUCUUGCCUUUCCCUGAAGACUAGUUUUCUCAACUGUCACCUCAGUGCCUAUCUGAGAACUACUGGGAGCAAUCACAACCAUGGAACUGAGGGAAUAAAGGAAAAUAUGAUAAUUGGUGAUUGAGAACAGAAGUAUGCAAGAUGAAGAAGAGGUAGUCCUUAGAUCUACUACUGGGCUCCUCUAAAGCCAGUAGAAUAAGCAGCUGUAAAGGGAACUAGGGAAGCAAAGUUAAUUUCUGAAUAUUAGAAGACCACAUUUCUAGCAUUGCUUCAGCAUUUUUAUUAAUACUUUCUAAGUGAUGUAAUAACGUUGAAGGAGUUUGCUUGUUUGCAUUGAUUUCCAAGAGGUGAAGAGCUAUGUUCUGAAACCCCAGCACUAUGCUACCUAGGAUAUAGUGAGCAACAUAUAUACAUUAGACAGUGAGACCUGUGUUGUCUAGGGGAAAACUGUGCAACAUGAAUGUUCUCUGGGUAGUGCCAUCUAACGCUUCAAGUUCAGAGCAGUCUACAGUGACAGCUGACGUCUGGAAAAUUAUUCUUGCCACACACUUACCUGUCACCUGGUGAUGUACUGUUUGUAUGUAUCAAGAAGGGGUUAGCAAGUGUCAGUAAUCACGUUGGCCUCCUGGCCUUUUGUUUUCUUAAUUUGUCAGUGGCAAUUUGGCGUGAUGUGACCUUUUAAAGUCUCCAACUCUGCUUGUCUUGUCCACUAAUGCCUGACACAGAGUAGCUACUCAACAAAUAUUUGUUUAGUAAACAAGAGCUCUCAAACAAUUGAGGACGUGUCUCCUUGCAGUAGCAGCACAGCCAGCCUUACUGAAACCACUUUUGAUUCAGGCCCUCUUCCAAUUCCAAUCAAAGCACACAGAAAGCACUUCAAAUCAGUCAAGGCUCUCCUCUGACUACGGAAUGUAAAGUUGAAUAUCAUUUAUUAAGGAUGUCACGUGGGAUUCAGAGUUCUUUGUUUUAGCUCUUCCCCAUGCCCUCCCCCUCCCCAGGCUAUUAAAUGACCAUGAAAAAGAGAAAAAAUACUGAUUGUCUUUAUAAAUCGUUUCUAUAAGCAUCGAAGCACAGCCAAAGCUUCCAGUUUUUAUAUUAUGAACUCUUCGAUCCUAACAGUAUAUUAAAAUCUGCUUACUCAUAUUACUUUAUAUUACUUCUAUGAAGCUAAAAAUACCAACAUAAAAAAUUACCCGAUUUCUUUUUGACAAAGAUUGCAUCUUGAUUUUCAUACACACAGAAACAGGACAAUGUAGAGGCUAAACAAUAGCAAAGGUCUUCAGAGAUGAAAUAUUAGUUAAUUUCAUCAUUGUACAAACAUCAUACUAUUGGUGUACUUACGCAGACCAACCACCUCAAUGCUCUCUUGAAGAAACAUUCAGCAAUGGCUUCAUCUACUCUUUGAAUGGUAUUUAUGUGUCAUUUUAACACACGAUUGCUAUCUUUUCACUGGUGUGGAAUGCUCCUGAAAAGCUGAAAAUAUACUUUGGAGUCUGUUGGCACUCAGAUUGAUUUUUCAUUAUUAUAUUGCAAUCAGGAUGACUGAUUUUUAAAAAUAAGUGCUCAUACAAUAUCUACUAUUUUUCUAUAGUAUUGGGUACCAACUAAGGCAUAUUCAUAAAAUAUGUUAUUAGUUUUGGCUAAUACACUUUGAAGGUGCUUAUAAUUUCUCUAUUAUAUUUUAUUACAGACAGAAAAAAUGAAUUGUUUGCAAAUCACCAUUAAUUAUGAUUAUUUCAAAACAUAAACUAUUGAGAUUAAUUUCCUAUUGUGCAACUCAGAAGAGAACUGAGUUAGAGAAGAAUUCCUAACUGUGGCCGUCUUUAGAAAGCCUAUAAAAACAUACACAGUGCAGCUGGUCACUUUGUGGCUAUUUUCCAAAUGCAUGUUUACAAUAAAAGAAAGUAAACUUCUCCCUUCUAUUGAGUUUUAAAGGGUAGAACAAUUUAAAAUAGAGUCUACUAGCAGCAACAGUGGAACAUGUGAGGCCUUCACAAAUUAUUCACUCCAAAGCUCGUGGUGUCAUCUUCUGCAAUGUAGGUUCUCAGGUCUGAGACCAUGUACCUGUUCUCUUCCCGUCCCCUUGUACUCUUCAAAGUUGAAUGUGUGUCACUCUUCAUUUGAAACUGGCAUUGUGUCACAUUGUCAAUAUGCAAAUAAAACUUGAGGCUGUGCAAUGUUUAGGAAGCUAAACGAAAAUAAUAAUAAUACUAAUAGUAAAAAAAUUAAGAACAUGGUUAGUCAAACUUACCUGAGUAGGAGGAAGGACUUAAAUAAUCAAGGUGUAUGAAAUUAACUUUGAACUAAAAUUGCAGUGAAAUUCAUAAGCAUUAUGGUCAUACAUGAGUUCAGUACAUGAAGUGGAACAGUAAGCUAAUGAGAGUUAUUCUUUAUACUCCUAAUAGAAUGCUUUGCUUCAGUAUGGGAAUUGCCUCAUAUAUUGUGAUUUAUAUAUUAAGAAGACUGACCCAUAAUAAAGAGGUGCUGGGAAGAAUCAAAAAUAGGAGGACUGGAUCACAAUAUUGACUGUAUCCUUGCUAGAGUUAUGACUUAUGUAAAUCAAUGUCCUCUCUAAAGUUGCAGGUUAUUUUCUAAAAAUCCAAGCAGCCAAUAACAGAACACUACUGAAAUCAGCUCUGAAGACUGGAGCAUUUCCUGUUAAAGAAUCAUCAUGAGGUUCCAGUUCAUGAUCUAUGAACUCGUCAAUCCUAACUGAAUAUUAAUGUCUGUUUAUUCAUAUUAGUUUUGAUUGCUUCUAUUAAGCUAAAAUAUCAAGAUAAAAUCAAUUAUCAACAUUCCUUUUGACAAACAUAGUUUACUGAAUAUCAUAAUUCUUCAUACAGAAAGACGUGUCUUCCUGGUAAGGAGGCACAUUUCCAGUUCCAACCCCAACUCUGAAUUCUUUACAGUCAAGCAUUCUAAGUUAUAUCUUAGAGCAUAGUUUCAACCACAUAUAGAUGCAUCCAGAGCAAAUGUGGAUAUUUUACUUACCCACUUUCUACCAUUUGGAAGGUUUCAUCAUUUUAUACAGUCACCGCCUUACAAUCUUACAAGUGAAGAUAACAAGGCAAGAAGAGAUGAAGUCAGUUGACUGAAGUUAGACAAAAUGUGGGCAACAAAAGAAUAACUCAGACCAGAUUUUCUGCAUUUAUUUUUUCAGAUAUUCUCUGGUACAUAAAGUUAUAUGUCAUCCUAGUUACUCUCAACACUGAAAGAUUUCACAGAAAAUUAGACAUUAUGUUCUGGGAAUGGCAUGAAUAUUGUCUAAUUUCAAGACCAGAUGUAGGCUAUGCAGAUAUCUUUUCUUCUUUUCUUUCUUUCUUUUUUCUUUCCUCCUUCUCCUUUUUUCUUCCUUGCUCCUCUUCCUCUCCUCUCUCUCUCUCUCUCUCCCUCUCUCUCUCUCUCUCUCUCUCUCUCUCUCUCUCUCUCUCUCUCUCUCUCUCUCUCUCCCUCUCUCUCUCAGAAAUGAUCCAUCAUUCUGUACUAGUGAAUAUGAACAAAUUACAUGAUGAAAUCAGGACCCACAAUGUCAUCUAUAAAAUGGCAUAGUUGUACCAUCCACAGCUUUUAUGGUUCUGUAAGCUGUUAAAGGAGUUUUAUAAGCAGGCCUUACCAAUUAUUUUGCUUCUUGUCUUCUUAUAGAAGCAUUAUAUUGCAAGCUAGGAAAGAGAAAGAGAAAGCAUGCUCUCCAAAUCAUGGACAUCCUUGAAUAGUCAGGAAUCUCCAGAAAAGUAGAAUAAGUAGAAAACAGAAAUGUGGAUAGCUAUAUGAUAGAAAGAUGGCUGAUACAUAGAGGCUAGGUAGGCAAGUAGAUUAAUAGAGAGGCGAUAGGAAAGUAGACAUGAAUAGAUGAUCACAUCCCAAAAGCACAAUGCUUGACUGCUCAGGAAGGCUUGUUUGCAAAAGGAAGAAGAAUGGUAGUUUGACCUUAAAAUUUAUGAACACCAGUCAAGUUUUGUUCUGAUCUAUUUUUGGAAAUAUAGAAUAUGGCACUGCAGUAAACUAACAUUUAAAUGAUUUAUAUAACUUCUUUAAUAUGUUAUACAAAAUGAAACAAAAAUAAGUCAUAAAAUAAUACAAAGUAUCAGAAAAAUAUCCUAUGAUAUUUUUCCCCGAGGAAUAUUUUAGUGCUUAAAUCUGAAGGUGCUCCUACUUUCUUAUGCCAAUAGGGUACUGUUCCCACCUGUUCCAAUAACAGUCUAGCUUCCAGUUCAAUGCAUUAUUAAAAUUCAAGACAGAAAUUAUGUGAAAUUAUGCAAGUUGUUGAAUUUUACAUGUAUAAGUUUUACUCUUUUUGUUUAAUAAACUCUUUAGAUUUGACUUAUACCUAGAAACUAGACUGUCCGUGAUUUAUUUCUUUUUGAAAAUUUGAUUAUUUACACCCAAAUGCUGCCCCCUCCUAAUCCCCCUGAACAGAUUUCCUACCACCCUCCUCCCCUUCACCACUGAGAGUCUUUCCAACCUAGUGUUCCCCUUCCCUGGAGCACCAAGUCUCUGCAGGAUUAGGUGUUUCCCCUCCCACUGUUAUUUACAACCUUACAACUUACAAAUUCACUUCAAGCUUAAUAAGCAUGUAAUGUUGUACGUUGCAAUGUAAAAUUAAACUUUUUCCUCAAGUCUUUCGGGCAAUUAUCCUCAAUUCACUUACAGGUAGUUUCAGUCAUUUCUUGAUUGAAUUCCCAUAUAUAAAAAAAGAAAUGUAUAUGUAGAAUUCAGAAGUGUUUAGCUAAACAGUUAUAUUUAGGAUCACAGAAAAAUAGUUAUAUUUCAUACUGAGAAUACUCUUGUGAAUUCUACAGGGUAUCUCUUUAAUAAAUAUUUUUUAGUUCUGCAAAAAUAAAUUCUGUCAUACUCAUUUAGUGGCAUCUGUGUACAUUUAUUGAGUAGCUGGGCUCAUUUAAAGAUUAUAGUAGCAAACAAAACAGAAAGAACCUCUUUUCUCUGGAACUUAUCAUUUGGGGUAACUUCCCUGGCACUAGGAAUUUGGACAUGUCAUAUACUCAAAAAACACUGUUGAUUUACUCUCUAAAUUUUUAUCUAUUUAACAGGAAUUUAGAAGUAGGUUUCUAGUCUCAUGGAAAACUUCAUAUCUCAUGGUCUGUUGUGAGAGUUAAAAGGGAAUCUGAGCAAAUGACAAAUAAUCCAGAAAUAUGAAUAGUUUGGGGGGAAGGGCUCUGUUGGAGAAUGAGAGAAGAUGAUACAAUGGAAUGAUGACUUUUGGAAAAUACUUGCUCAAAAUAUUUGAAGAAGGGUAUAGUUGAGUGGUGGUGAUAUCUAAACAGUUGGCAUUUCAAAUACAGCCAAGAAACCUGUGACUUCAGUCAUGUCAUUUUCUCUUCAUUGGAUGCCUCUACUAACAGAGAGUGAGUUUUAGCAACUCAGGCCAGAGAUUGUUCAGAACCGGAAGAGACAGAAAUGAAAGAAUAACCACCCAACAUGUGGCAGCAUUAGAAUCAUGUGUGGGCAGAUUAAGAGGAUUCAAAAAUAAUACAGAGCGUUGUUCACCUCUGGGACAUGGUGCUGGCAGCUCCCACAAGAAGGCAGUGAAAAACCUACAUAGAAAAAAAUGAGUUCAAAAAAUGGUUUUAUUUUUUUAAACAUUUAAUUAUAUAUUUCUUUACUUACAUUUCAAACAUUAUUCCCCCUCCCAGUUUCUUGUCCAUAAGCUCCCAUUCCCUUGCCUCCUCUCUCCCAUACGGGUACUCUCCCUAUACAUCCCCCUUAUUGCUCUCCCCCAUAUUCCCCUGCACUGGGGGUCCAACCUUAGCAGGACAAAUGACUUCCCCUUCCACUGGUGCCCCAGCAAGGCUAUUCUCUGCUAAUAUGCAGUUAAACCCCUGGGUCAGUCCUCGUAUAGUCUUUCCAUAGUGGUUUAGUCCCUGGAAGCUCUGGAUGGUUGGUAUUUGUUGUUUCUAUGGGGUUACAAGCGCCUUCAACUCUUUCAAUACUUUCUAUAAUUCACCCUAAGGGGGUUCUAUUCUCAGUUCAGUGAUUUGUUGCUAGCAUUGACCUCUGUAUUGGAUGUGCUUUGGAUGUGACUCUCAGGAGAGAUCUAUAUCCAGUCCCUUUCUGUAUGCAUUUUUUAGCUUCAUCAAUCUUAUGUAGUUUUGGUGGCUAUAUAUGAUAUGUGUGUGUCAGGCUCUGAAUGGCCAGACCCUGAGGCACUGCUCUAAACUUUGCUUCCAUAUCCCUCCUAUGACUAUUUUCCCCCUUUUAAGGAGAGGGAGCAUCUGCAUUUUGGUCAUCCUUCUUCUUGAGCUUCCUGUGGUCUGUAGAUUGCAUCUUGGGUAAUUUGAGCUUUUUGGCUAAUAUCCACUUAUCAAUGAGUGCAUACCAAGUAUGUUUUUCUGUGAUUGAGUAACCUCACUCAGGAUGAUAUUUUCUAGUUCAUUCCUUUUGCCUAUGAAUUUCAUGAAGUCAUUGUUUUUGAUAGCUGAGUAGGUGCUAUGAACAUAGUGGAGCAUGUGUCUUUCUUGUACGUUGGAGCAUCUUUUGGGUAUAUGUCCAAGAGAGGAAUAGCUGGGUCUAUUCCCAAUAGGUAGUGUAAUGUCCAAUUUUCUGAGGAACUCCAGACUGAUUUCAAGAGUGGUUGUACCAAUUUGCAAUCCCACCAACAACGGAGGAGUGUUCCCCUUUCUCCACAUCCUCGCCAGCAUCUGCUGUCACCUGAGUUUUUUAUCUUAGCCAUUCUCACUGGUGUGAGGUGGAAUUUUAGGGUUGUUUUGAUUUUCAUUUCCCUGAUGACUAAGGAUGUCAAACAUUUCUUUAGGUGCUUUUUGGCCAUUCAAUAAUUCUCAGCUGAGAAUGUUUUAUUUAGCUCUGCACCCCAUUUUUUAAUAGGGCAAUUUGGCUCUCUGGAUUCAAACUUCUUGAGUUCUUUGUAUAUUUUGGAUAUUAGUCCUGUAUCAGAUGUAGAAUUGGUAAAGAUCUUUUCCAAAUCUGUUGGUUGCCGUUUUGUCCUAAUGACAGUGUCUUUUGCUUUAAAAGAGCUUUGAAGUUGGUGUUUUGUUCAGGAAAUUUUCCCCAGUGCCCAUGGGUUCGAGACUUUCCCCCACUUUUUCUUCUAUUAGUUUGAGUGUAUCUGGUUUGAUGUGGAGGUCCUUGAUCCACUUAGACUUAAGCUUUGUACAUGGUGAUAAGAAUGGAUCGAUUUGCAUUCUUCUACAUGCUGAACUCCAGUUGAAUCAGCACCAUUUGUUGAACAUGCUAUCCUUCCAUUGGAUGGUUUUAGCUCCUUUGUCAAAUAUCAAGUGGCUAUAGGUGUGUGGGUUCAUUUCUGGAUCUUCAGUUCUGUUCCACUGAUCUACCUGCCUAUCUCUGUACCAAUACCAUACAGUUUUUUGACUAUUGCUCUGAAAUACUGCUUGAAGUCAGGGAUGGUGAAUCCCCCAGAAGUUCUUUAAUUGUUGAGUAUAGUUUUUGCUGUCCUGAGUAUUUUUGUUAUUCCAAAUGAAUUGCAAAUUGCUCUUUCUAUCUCUAUAAAGAACUGAGUAGGAAUUUUCAAGGGGAUUACAUUGAAUUUCUUUAUUUCUUCCUUGACCAAGUUGUCAUUGAGUAGAGGAUUGUUCAACUUCCAUGUAUAUGUGGGCUUUCUGUCAUUAUUGUUGGUAUUGAAAACCAGUCUUUGUGUGUGGUGAUCUGAUAGGAAGCAUGGAAUUAUUUCUAUCUUCCUAUAUCUGUUGAGGCCUGUUUUGUGACUGAUUAUAUGGUCAAUUUUCGAGAAUGUUCCAUGAGGUGCUGAAAAGAAGGUCCUUUUGUUUUAGGAUGGAAUGUUCUAUAAAUAUCCGUUAAAUUCAAUUGGAUCAUAACUUCUGUUAGUUUCUCUACAUUUCUGUUUAAUUUCUGUUUCCAUUAUCUGUCCAGUGAUGAGAGUGGGGUAUUAAAAUCUCCUACUAUUAUCAUGUGAGGUGCAAUGUGUGCUUUGAUCUUUAAUAAGGUUUCUUUCAUGAAUGUAGGUGCUCUUACAUUUGGAGCAUAGAUAUUUAGGAUUGAGAGUUCAUCUUGGGGGAUUUUUCCUUUGAUGCAUAUGAAGUGUCCUUCCUUAUCUUUUUUUUUAGUGACUCUUGUUUGAAAUUCAAUUUUAUUUGAUAUUAGAAUGGCAACUCCAGCUUGUUUCUUUGGGCCAUUUGCUUGGAAAAUUGUUUUCCAACCAUUUAUUCUGAGGUAGUGUCUGUCUUUGUCUCUGAGGUGUGUUUCCUGCAUGCAGCAAAAUCCUGGGUCCUCUUUACGUAUCCAGUCUGUUAGUCUAUGUCUUUUUAUUGGGGAAUUGAGUCCGUUGAGGUUGAGAGAUAUUAAAGAAUAGUCGUCACUUCCUGUUAUUUUCAUUGUUAGAGGUGUAAUUAUAUUUGUUUGUCUCUCUUUUGGUUUCAUUGCAAGGAAAUUAUAUUCUUCCUUUCUGUAUGGUGUAGUUUCUCUCCUUAUGUUGAAGUUUUCCAUCUAUUAUUUUUUGUAGGGCUGGAUUUGUAGAAAGAUAUUGCGUAAUUUGGUUUUGUCAUGGAAUAUCUUGGUUUCUUCAUCUAUGUUAAGUGAGAGUUUGGCUGGAUGCAGUAACUUGGGCUGGCAUUUGUGUUCUCUUAGGGUCUGUAUGAUAUCUGUCCAGGAUCUUCUCAUUUUCAUAGUCUCUGGUGAGAAAUCUGGUGUAAUUCUAAUUGGUCUGACUUUAUAUGUUACUUGACCAUUUUCCCUUACUGCUUUUAAUAUUCUUUCUUUGUUUUGUGCAUUUGCUGUUUUAACUAUUAUGUGACGGGAGGAAUUUCUCUUCUGGUACAAUCUGUUUGAAGUUCUGUAGGCUUCUUGUAUGUUUAUGGGCAUCUCUUUCUUCAGGUUAGGGAAGUUUUCUUCUAUAAUUUUGUUGAAUAUAUUCACCAGCCCCUUAAGCUGGGAGUCUUCACUUUCUUCUAUACUUAUUGUCCUUAGGUUUGAUCUUCUCAUUGUGUCCUGGAUAUCCUGUAUGUUUUGGGCUAGGAGCUUUUUGCAUUUUACGUUAUCUUUGAAAGUUGUGUCGAUUUUUUUUAUGGUAUCUUCUGCCCCUGAGAUUCUCUCUUCUAUCUCUUGUAUUCUGUAGGUGAUAUAUGUGUGUACAGCUCCUUGUCUCUUUCUUUGGUUUUCUAUAUCAAGGGUUGUCUCCCUUUGUGCUUUCUUUAUUCUUUCUAUUUCCACCUGUUUGGUUGUGUUUUCCUGUAAUCCUUUCUGUGUUUUUUGUGUUUCCUUCUCUAAGAACUUCUACUUGUUUACUUGUGCUUUCCUGCAUUUCUCUAAGGGAGUUCUUUAUGUCUUUCUUAAAGUCUUCCAUCAUUAUCAAAAAAUGUGAUUUCAAAUCUAAAUCUUGCUUUUCUGGUGUGUUUGGAUAUCCAGUAUUUCUUUGGUGGGAGAAUUGGGCUCUGGUGAUGCCAUGUAGUCUUGGUUUCUGUUGGAUAGUUUCCUACUCUUGCCUCUAGUCAUUGGGUUCUCUCUGAUGUUUGCUUGUCUUGCUGUUUCUGGGAGUGACUUGGCCCUGCUGUAGGGCUCUGUGCCAGCACUCCUGUAGAACUCUUUUCCUGUUUUCUUUCAGCCUUUCCUGAGAACAGGUGCUAUGCUCUCAGCUGUGGCAGUUCCCCUGGAGACUAUCUUCCAGUUCUAGGUGCUGGCAGGAAUCAAAUGGUCCUGCCCCUGACUGCUCGUGUAGGUCCUUGCACCCCUCGGGCACAGUUGGCACUAUGGGAUUCCCUCUUGGAUCUGGACUGUGGGCACAGGGUAUUCUCCUCUGACUUCUCAGGCAUAUCCACACUUCUGAGGUUCCAGCUCUCUCCUCCACAGGAUUUGGGUACAAGGAGCUGUUGGGUGGGAUCAGUUUGGUUCUGGUCGCAGACCAGCAGCUGUCUGUUCCUAUAUCCCUCUGUCCAGAGGCACUGUGCAGUUUCCUCUUGGACCAGGGAUGUGGGCCAAGGAGUUCAGAGGUAGAAGUCAGGAUGUCUUCACACAUGGGUGGUCUGCUCCCUUUGAGUUCAAAAAUUUUAAGUUUAUAUGUCCUCUUCUGAUGUGUCUGAAGAUAACUACAGUGUACUCAUAUACAGAAAACAAAUGUUUUAAAAACCUCUAAAAUGCCACUUUCUGAAGAUCUCUGAAGUGUUAGAGAACAACUUGUCUCUCCAAAGUGUAUCUAAAUAGACAACUUUUAAUAUUUCUUGUUAAUCAUCCUAUGCUUAUUUUGGAAGACAUAUUUAGAAGCUAAAAUCAGUCUUGAAACAGUUAUUAUUUAAAUCACUUGUGAGCAAGACUGAAAGUACAGCUCUGAAUGCAUUAAAGGAUUUGAUCCUUAAAAAAAACAAAACAAAACAAAACAAAAACCCAGCCAUUCGUUCAUUCAUAAUUGAUCUUCAUUACACAAAUGAGAGUGUCAACUUGGCCCAAGAAACUGGAAAUUUCUGUUUUUAUAAGUUCUGAAAAAAAUUGAAAUGUGUGCUAUAAGUUUUAAUGCCCUUUGCUAGAGGAGGGUCAGCUGACCAUAUUCACAGUGCUGUCAGAGACCCCAGCAGUGCUAGAAAAUGGAUGUGUUAAUUCAUGUGCCUGGCAUAAUUAUAUGACUUAUUCAUCAAUAUAAUUCUAAAUGUGUACAUUAAAAAUAAUUGUGAUAUUGCUUUUAACAUUUACAUUAUAUUAUUACUCCUUUGAAAUGUUGCUCACAUGAAUUAACUUAGAAUUUACUUAAAUUACACUGUGCUUAAAGAUAUUACAUAUAUAUAUACAUAUAUAUAUACAUACUUACAAUAUAUGAUAAUUGCCAAAUAAUGUUUUUAAGAGACACAAUGAUAUCAUGAUUGUGACAUACUAGUUUUCAGUUGAUGAGUAUUUGCUGUAUAAUUGACAAUGGCCUGACAGCAUCGUCUCAUUCAGUAGUAGAUGCAGCUCUUGUAUCAUUUAUGGGUUGAGAUGCUGACAUACCGACUAGUUUUUAUUAUGAGCAUGUUGACAUUUGAGCCAUAUGUUAAAAGAAAUUAUUUGAUCAGAUGCAGAAUGUAAUAUGCCAUGAGACCUUGAGAUGUGAAGAAAGGAGAGUAAGGCUUGACUUUUAUACAUCAGAAAUUGUUUUGUGGUUUUUGACUCCCAUUCCACAUAACAGAGGUCAGGUAUACAGGGACACCUGGCAAGUUAAUGAUGUGCCAGUCAAUGCUGAUAUUAAAUGGCAGAAUUAGAAUUUCAAAACUAUCUGAUUUAUCCUUAAAAAUAUUAGCUUUUUAUAUAUUUUAUUGGUUUUUUAUUUUAAAUGUUAUUCCCCCUUCCUAGUUUCCCCUCCACCAAUCCGCUAACCCCUUCCCCUCCCACGUUCUUCUUUGAGGGAGCUCUCCCACCCACUCACUGCCCUAGUACCCCUCUAUACUGGGUCAUGGAGACUCUACAGGACCAAGAGCCUCCCCUUCAAUUGAUACCAGAUAAGACAGUCCUCCACUCUAUUCUUUGUGCCUGCAUUUCCCUAAACAACAACAGUUCUGGUUUAAGAUUUUUGAGAUAAGUUGGUGGUCCCAUCCCUCAAACAGGGGCUGUGUCUAACCUCUGGAUAUGGUCUCUGCAGGUUCCCUCUACCCUUUGUUGGGAAUUUCAGCUAAUGUUAUUACCAUUGAGUCCUGGGAGCCUCUUGCUUUCCAGAAAUCUGUAACUUUCUGGUGGCUAAAUCCAGUUCCCAUUCCCCACUGCUACACAUCUCCAUUCAAUUUCUUGACACUCUGUAUUUCUGCCUCACUUCCUCCCACACCUGAUCUUGCCCUCUUUUUCCCUCCCUCCCCUCUCUCCCUCCAGGUCCCUCUGUUCCUCUACAUCCCAUGAUUAUUUUGAUUCCCCUUCUAACUAGGACUUCCUUCUUGAGCUUCAGAUAGUCUGUGAGUUGUAUUGUGGAUACUCGUUUGAAUUUUUUAUCCUAAUAGCAAUUUAUCAGUGAUGACAUACCAUAUAUGUUCUUUGUGACUGGGUUACCUCACUCAGGAAGAUAUUAUCUAGUUCCAUCCAUUUGCCUAGGAAUUUCAUGAAGUCAUUCUUUUUAAUAGCUGAGUAGCACACUAUUGUGUAAAUGUACCAUGUUUUCUGUAUCCAUUCCCUUGUUGAAGGACCUCUGGGUUCUUUCCAGCUUCUGGCUAUUAUAAAAUAAGCCUGCUAUAAACACAGUGGAACAUAUAUCCUUGUUAUAUUCUGGAACAUCUUUUGGGUAUAUGCCAAGGAGUGGUAUAGUUGGGUCCUCAGGUAGUAUUAUAUCCAAUUUUCUGAGGAACCACCAAACUGAUUUUAAGAGUGGUUGUACCAACCAGCUUGCAAUCCAACCAACAAUGGAGGAGUGUCCCUCUUUCUCCACAUCCUGGCCAGGAUCUGCUGUCACCUGAGUUUUCGAUGUUAGCCAUUCUGACUGGUAUGAGUUGGAAUCUCACGGUUGUUUUUAUUUGCAUUUCCCUGAUGACUAAGUAUGUUGAGUAUUUCUUUAGAUGCCUCUCAGCCAUUUGAUAUUCCUCAGUUGAGAAUUCUUUGUUUAGCUCUAUACCCCAUUUUUAGUAGGGUUAUUUGAUUCUCUGGAGUCUAACUUAUUAGGACCUUGUAUAUAUUGGAUAUUAGCUUUCUAUCAGAUGUUAGGUUGGUAAAGAUCUUUUUCCAAUCUGUAGGUUGCUGUUUUGUCCUAUCAGCAGUGUCCUCUGCCUUACAGAAGCUUUUAAAUAUUAUAAGAUACCAUUUGUCUGUAGGUGAUCUUAGAGCAUGAGUUAUUGGUGUUCUAUACACAAAAUUUUCCCCUAUGCCAAAUGUUUUGAGAUUCCUUCCAACUUUAUCUUCCAUUAGAUUCAAUGUAUCCAGUUUUAUAUUUAGGUCCUUGAUUCACUUAGACUUGAGGUUUGUACAAGGAGAUAAGAAUCAAGUAGACUUUAUCCUAGGGAUACAGGAUUGAUUCAGUAUAUGGAAAUCCAUCAAAGUAAUCCACUAUAUAAACAAACUCAAAGAAAAAAACCACAUCAUCAUGUCAUUAUAUGCUGAAAAAGCAUUUGACAAACAUCCUUUCCUGUUAAAAGUCUUGAAAAGAUAAAGAAUUCAAGUCCCAUACCUAACCAUAAUAAAAGCAAUAUACAGCAAACAAAUCUCACAUCAUGGGUAGCCAACAUCAAACUAAAUGGAGAGAAACUUGAAGCAAUCUCACUAAAAUUAGUGACCAGACAAUGCUGCCUACUCUCUCCCUAUCUAUUCAAUAUAGUAUUCAAAUUUCUUGCCAGAGCAAUUAUACAACAAAAGGAGGUCAAAAUUGGAAAGGAAGAAGUCAAAGUAUCACUCCUUGUAAAUGAUAUGAUAGUAUACUUAAGUGACCCAAAAAAGUCCACCAGAGAACUCCUACAGGUAAUAAACAACUUCAACAAAGUAGCUGGAUAUAAAAUUAACUCAAACAAAUCAAUAACCUUCCUCUACUCAAAAGAUAAAUGGGCUGAGAAAGGACUUAAGGGCUUUCUGGUGGUGAUGACAUCCCUAUGAGGGCAUGUGUUUCACAAAGGAUCUCCUUCAUACCUCUCCAGAAGAGGAGAGGUGGAAACACAAGAAAAAUCACCUGGUACAGAGCCCCAAUUCCUACCUUGUGAAUAUGAAAUGCCCAGGAUACUAUAAAAUCACCACAGUCUUUAGCCAUACACAAAUGGUAGUCUUGGGUGUUGGGUGUUCCUCUGUACUCUGUCAGCCUCCAGCUGGAAAAGCAAGGCAGACAGAAGAAUGCCUCUUCAGGAAAAAGCAGCAUUGAAAGUCCCUGAUUCUAGAUGAGUGUGAACCAUCCCAAUAAACUAAUUUUGAAUUAAAAGAAGAAAUGAGGGAAGUAACACUCUUCAAAAAUAGUCACAAGUAAUAUAAAAUAUCUUGGUGUGACUCUAACCAAGCAAAUGAAACAUCUGUAUGACAAGAACUUCAAAUGUCUGAAGAAAGAAAUCAGGACCUCAGAAGAUGAAAAGAUCUCCCUUGCUCAUGUAUCAGCAGGAUUUACAUAGUAAAGAUGUCCAUCUUACCAAAAGCAAUCUACAGAUUCAGUGCAAUCCCCAUCAAAAUUCCAACUCAAUUCUUCAUAGAGUUAGAAAGAGCAAUUUGCAAAUUCAUCUGCAAUAACAAAAAACCCAGGACAGUGAAAACUAUUCUCAACAAUAAAAGAACUUCUGGAGGAAUCACCAUCCCUGACCUUAAGCUGUACUAUGGAGCAAGAGUGAUAAAAACAUCAUAGUAUUGGAACAGAUAGACAGAUAGAUCAGUGGAAUAGAAUUAAAGCCCAGAAUUAAACCCCAACACCUAUGGUUAACUGAUCUUUGACAAAGAAGCUGAAACAUCUAGUAGAAAAUAGAAAAAGAAAAAAGAAAAUAGAGAGCAUAUUCAACAAAUGGGCUGACUCAAGUGGUGAUCACCAUGUAGAAGAAAGCAAAUUGAGCCAUUCUUAUCUCCUUGUACAAAUAAUAUUAGCUUUAAUAGAUAAAUUAAUAUCUAAAGAUAUAUUACCAAGAUUUAUGAUAAAAGAUUUUAUGAGAAAUUUAUGGUAAAGCUACUUGAGAUCAAACCUGAGAAUUCCCAAUUCCAAUGGUCAUAUAAAAAAAUGCAUUCCCCACUCCAUAGAGGAACUAGGGGAAGGAUUGAGGAUAUGAAGGGGAGGAUGACCCCAUAAGAAGACUAGCAAUUUCAAUUAACUGGGACCACUGGAGAUCCCAGAGACUGAGCCACAUUGCACGCAACAUACACAGGCUGGUCUGAGCUCUGCACAUACAGAACAGAAGGCUGCCUGUUCUGGCCUUAGUGGGAGUAGAUGUGCCCAACCUUGAAGGAUUUGAGGCCCCAAGGAAGGGGGAGAAUGGGGAGGAGCACCCUCUGGGAGGCAAAGGGAAAAGGGAAGAACUGGCACAGGUAGGAGAAGGGGACAACCUCUGGAAUGUAAAUAAAUGAAAUAAUUUAAAGAAAAAAAAAAGAUGUGCUCACCAUUAACCUUCAGACUAAUAGUAAUCCUUCACAUGUAGAUGGUAACAGGGUUGUAUUUGCCUGAAAAUUAUAAAGUAGAAAUCUUAAUUUAUAUAGAAGAAAUCAGAAAGACCCAUGGGUACUUUGUCUGACAGAGGGGAUAAUGAAAGAUACUAUAGAAUAUGAGCUGCAAUGGAUUUAUUGGGAUCUAGAAUGGAAGCCUAUAUUUGUAUCUUCAACACUUGUAUUUCUCUCUUUCAUUUGGGGGAAAAUUUAAGGAUUUUUGAGCAUAACUGGUUAGUGAUGAUUAAAGCAAGAGCAGAGAUCAGUUAGAAAGCAGACAAGCAGCUGAGGGAUGACUACAGAAGAAAUUGCUGGUGUGUGGAUCUAUGAAUUCACAUCUUCUUUUCACUAUGGAAUGAAUUUUAAAUAUUCAGAAAUGAUAAUGAUAAAGAUGUUUUAAAUUUGUGAGAUUUGGUAAGCAAUGUUCUCAAAGUAGCAUUACAGACAAAGGCUAUGUGAACACAGUUCCAUUGGCCAUAGUUGUAUGUUUCUCGCAAUAUCACUACCCUGAGGCAGGUCAGCAUUUCUAAUUAUGCAAACUUCUGAGAGGGUUUCAGACAGGUCAGUGGAUCUCAAAGCUCAUUCACAAUAACACCCACCUCUGGGAUUUUAAAAACACCUCACUCAUCUCUCAUGAGAAGUGGAUUUAAUUAGGUAAGUUAGAUUCAGACAAUAAUUUUGGUUUUUCAUCUUCAAUAGCCAGUACAUUUUAUUAUGCAGGUCGGGUUGGAAACCAUUGUAAUAGAUAAAUGUUUUUCAGCAUUCAUUGGUCUAGAACACAGAACCAAUAGUUCCAUUAAACAUUGACCAAAAUACUUAGUAAUGACAAAAAAACUGGGGAUGUAUUUUUUAUUCGUAAAGUCUUGUUUGUGACUUGAUGUAGUGACAAAAGAAGAGAAUUACUUACCAUGCUAUGAAUCAGUCCUUGGCUGCAGUACUCAAUAUUCUUGUGCAUAAUAGAAUAUUCUAAUUUGUUUUUCUGUAUCUACCUUACAAGAAUGUCUACGUAUAUUCCUCUUUAUUUAAAUAUGAAAUAAAACAUAAAAGUUAAAUUUUUCUCUUAGCAUACAGUAUAUUACUGAAGCACACAAAUGUGAAAAUGUUCAAAACAAAGCAAGUUAUCAA